UGCUCUCAUGAGCUGCAUGGACGGUAAACAGAAGGUCUCAUGUGGUGGUCUCUUUUUAUUCCUGGGGUGGGACUGAGGCUGAGGUUUCGUGUGCUGUCUUGGCAUCCAAGGGGGAAGAGCAGAGGACUCUCCCAGCGCCCGGUAAGUUUCUGGCUUUGCAAGGUCUCCUUGCGGGAAAGACUGUGGGUUUGUUUAUUUCUUUUGCAGCGAGGCAGAUUAGGAAACUAAAUGGGGCUGCCUUCAAAGUUGGGCAACAGGUGGCACAGUUAAUGUGUGCAGCAGGGAGGAGGAUGCUUCCUGCUCUUGACCGGUGGUGCCAGAAUAAAAGGGGAUUUCCUAUUUUGUCCCCUUUCCGGGAUUUCCCCAGUAUUGUGAUGGCCAGUCCCAAACUCCCCACUUCUGGGUUGUGCAGAGAGAGAGAGAGAGAGGGAGGGAGGGAGGGAGGGAGAGGGAUCAGAGAGAUCACUUUAAUUAGUUCCUCUUCUGUUACACGACUGAGCUGCUGCUUGAGCAUCUCAGUUGUAAAACCUGCACCUUGCAGAUUUUCGGAAUGGGACCAUUUGACAGUCAGCUUCUCCAAGGUCAGUUUUCUUCCUCUUUCUCAUCCUCUCCACAUGGUUUUCUUUCUCAAGAGCAUCACCUCCUUUUCUCCUCCUGUUCCCUGCUUUGCCUACUGGAAAAUCUUGGGGUGCAGGGCAGUGCUUUCCACGGUUUGGGGGUUGGUUUGUUUUUCAUUGCCUCCUCUGGGAAAGUCUAUUUGAGCCACAGCAGAUCCAAACAGCUGUUACUUUGCUUUCUUGUCCUCACCUGGGAAAUGGCUCUCUUUAUUUUGCACCCAGGGUUUUUCUGCUCUCAGAGGCACGGUUGCCUUAUUAUGUGGUUUUCUAGAUUUGUCUUUGUUCCGGGCCUGCAGGCAGGGGCUCAGUGCUGUGGUCCUGUUGCUUAGAUACUGCAAAUGAGGCGUUGGCAACUGGGUGGGGUUCUUUUGGUAAGCUCGUUGGCAAGGCCUGCACCAGCCUUCAGGAGCUUGGCAUGAUGCCAACAGUGGGACUCACACACAUGCCCCCUCUGGCCAGGUCAGGACUUGGUCUGAUCUCAGCAGCUGUGAGCGCCACUUGUUUCCUCUGCUGCCACCACUAGGGGCAGCAUUGCUCUGUGCCCUCCAUUGGGGCCCCAGACAUACUUCAACUAUAGAUGGGUAGCAGUGCUCUCGAGUGCUCUGCUUGCAUCCAGAGACCCAGUGGGAGGAUGAAGGGCACCACAAAUGAGUCAGGCUGGUGAAGGGGCUCCCGUGCCCCUCCCCCAGACCCUUGAUCUGGCUGACUUGCUGGUGCCAGGCCUACUUAUCAGGUUCACCCUGGGGGAAAGGGUUAAAUCCACUAUAACAGAAGGAAGGGAAAUACAGGAGGGCGUUUUCAUGCCAACGGCGUUGUGCAAACACUGUGUAAAUCUUGCACGGGUGGAGGGAGCGCUGGUUGCUGAAUGAGCAUCCAUCUGGAAGGCUCCCUGCUGCUUUUCAGGUGUCUCUGAUAUGUUCUUCUCAGAGUAGGGUGAGGAUCAAGGGUAUGCUAACAUGACUUAGAGCUCAGCUCCCUCCUCUUAAAUUUCUGGCUCCAUGCUUAUCCCCUUCACCUAUGGGAACCCUCAGUUCCUGUUUCCCAAAGGUUGUGAGUAGGGAUAUGAUCAUAGCUGUCAAGUGUCCCUUAUUUGAAGGGACAAUCCCUUAUUCCAGUGCCAUGUCCCGCUGCUGUCCCUUAUUGAUGGAUGUCCCUUAAAUGUCCCUUAAAUGAUGUUCCUUAAAUUUCAAAGGAAGCAGCUCCUCUCCCUCCCUCCCUGCCGGCCAGAGAGGAGGGACAGGGAGGAGGGAAGCUCCAACUGUGUUGCUUGGCUGUGUUGCUCACCCAAUAAGAAGUCUAAGAAUGACUGGGGGGUGGAGCUUGCAUGCCUUGUGUGUGGCUAGUUAAUGCAAGCUGAGGAGGUUUUUGAAUGCUGGACGCCAUUUUGUUGCACGUGCUGCUGCAAACUUUGCAGUGCAAAGCCAGGCCGGGGGCCAUCUUAAGUUGAGGCUGCAUAGGCCUUGUGGUGCAUGUGAUUCAGAUUCUAUUCAGUUGAACCUCUGGUUACAAAGUUGGUUAGACAGUGUUCUCGAAGCUACCAGCAUGAGUUUGACCAGACUGCAGGAGGACAGGAAGACUGGAGUGCCUGGAACAGGUGAGGCCGCAGGUCCCUUAUUUUGGCUGCUGGUCCCUUAUUUUCAAGGCUGCUGGUCCCUUAUUUUCAAAUCUGUAAGUUGACAGCUAUGGAUAUGAUUUGGCUAAAUGUAUGGGGAGUCAGAGGGAUGCGGGUGGCGCUGUGGGUUAAACCACAGAGCCUAGGACUUGCCAAUCAGAAGGUCGGCAGUUCGAAUCCCUGCGACGGGGUGAGCUCCUGUUGUUCGGUCCCUGCUCCUGCCAACCUAGCAGUUCAAAAGCACGUCAAAGUGCAAGUAGAUAAAUAGGUACCGCUCCAGCAGGAAGGUAAACAGCGUUUCCGUGCGCUGCUCUGGUUCGCCACAUGCUGGCCACAUGACCUGGAAGCUGUACGCCGGCUCCCUCAGCCAGUAAAGAGAGAUGAGCGCCGCAACCCCAGAGUCAGUCAUGACUGGACCUAAUGGUCAGGGGUUCCUUUACCUUUUUAUAGGGAGUCAGAGAGUGCUUGUGGGUUUCCUUAAAGCACCCACCAAUAAUUUGAGUACCAUCGUGCCUAUUGAUGUUGCACUAACCGAGGCCAGUCCUUUGUUGUGUUUCCCUCCCCCCCCCUCCUGGCGGUGAGCCAAUGAGUCAUUUACCGUGAUAACAAAGCUUCAGGUGCUCUUAUGAUUCAGCAAAAUGGCAUUCAGAGCUAUGGGCGCCCUGCUGAUAAGGAAAAGUUGGGUUUGAUUGGGUUUGUUGCCUGUUGUGGGGUUUGGGGAGUGGGGCAACAAUAUGGGCUGAAAGCAAACAGUGGGGCGGGGCGGAAUUGGGGUGAGCACAUCCCAGGGGUCCACCACCAAAACCCCAGGUAUUCAAUUUUCUUUUAAAAAGGGGGGGGGGGCAUAAAGAAGAGCAUGCAAGGGGGAUUCUAAGCCCAAUUUCUCAGUGUGUGGUGCCCAGUUUACAGUGGAGAGGUCCAGCCUUUGGGAUGGGAAGGACAUUGGAUUCAUUUUGCAUUUGAAGGCAGGUUUCCACUCAGGGUCGUCUUUAGCAUAUGUGGCGCCGGGGUGCAAAGAUCCUCCCAGAGCCCCCAAAUUUAGGGUGGCCUGGAGGGAGGGAAGCCUGUACUGUGGUGGGUGGCGGGUUCCCUGGGCGGGAAAGGAGCAUGCACGUGGCCGGCGGAGCUGACAUCCCUGGCGCCAGGGGAGAGGUUAUGUCCAUCUGUUGGGCUUGGCCUAAGGCACUGCCACAGCUGCGAGAGGUGGUGACGCCCCCCGCUGCCGCCCCUUGUCCUUCUUCGCAGGAGCCGCCCUGUUGCCCGCUUCUUCCUGCAGGAGCACUGCAGCAGCCGCCCGUCCAGCUCCACCGCGCGUGCCUCCCCGCCGCUGCAGAUGCUUUCCCCCACCUCCUUCCUCAUCCUCCUUCCCCAGGCAGGGCUAUGCUGGGCCCAGGGGCAACCCAUGAAACGCUGUCCAGGACCGGUCCAGAACCCAAAGGUUCCGCUAGGAGUCAGUCCGACAGGGCCAAGGCAGGACACGAGGCAGGAAACCAGGCAAGGACAGGUACAGGAUCUCUGGCAUACAGCAAUGUUGCUCCCGCAACCUGGGGCGAGGUCUGACAGCCUUUUAUCUUUGUUGGGGUAGCGGCCGGUCCUGAUCCCCCGGCGACUCACCUCCCUGUUUCGCCCAAAGGCAAACACUCCUCCUGCAAGUACUCAGGACUCUCCUUCUCUCAGACCUGAGUCUCCGCAGCUCGGGAGACAUCAGUGGGUUACUAGACCCAGGGUCUGCCUCAGCCUCCCCUGACCCAACCGGUAGUGGAGCAGCUGUAAGUGAUGGCCCAGCUGAAGGCAACAAGGUAAUCCCCACAUCUGGAGCCAGGGCAGGCUCAGGCCCCUGACUCGGCCCAGCUGGUGCUUGUUGCAGGGGAACCUGCGCAGACAGGGGCUCUUCAGGAUCAGGCCUCAGACUUGGUUCAGAUGAUGCCUGGGGCAAAGGAUACGGUGCGGACUGAGACUCCUCUGGUUCCGAGUCCGAGCCCAAGUCCCAGGCCAUCACAAGGGCUCUUGGCAGUGGCGGCGGCAGUGGCCAGGCACACAUUCUAAGCAUGGAAAAACACCAGGCAGGCCCCACAAAUAACCCAGAGAUGCAUUUUAAAUUAAAGGACACAUUCUACUCAUGUAAAAACACGCUGAUUCCGGGACCGUCUGCGGGCCGGACUGAGAAGGCGAUUGGACCGGAUCCGGCCCCCGGGCCUUAGCUUGCCUACCCAUGCACUAGUUAAACUGCAAAAUGUCCCAGUUAGAUCUCUCCAGCAUUCAGAAUGCGACUGAAUAUAGAUACAUUUCAAAUCAGAGGAGACAUCGAAACGGUGUGGGGUUUUUUUGCACACACCCCUUCUGCUUUUUCCAUGUAAGCUGAGAUCUGUGGUUUAACGUGCUCUCUUUAAUUCUGGUGGUUUGGUUUUGUUCUUCAGUAGAUUUACAAAAAGAAAAACACACAUCAAGGUAUAAAUUAGCCACAGAAAGGGGCAAUCUUGUUGUUUACAGUAGGACCUCGGGUUACAGACGCUUCAGGUUACAAACUCCGCUAACCCAGAAUUAUUACCUUGGGUUAAGAACUUUACUUCAGGAUGAGAACAGAAAUCUUGCUCCGGCGGCGCAGUGGCAGCAGGAGGCCCCAUUAGCUAAAGUGGUGCUUCAGGCUAAGAACAGUUUCAGGUUAAGAAUGGACCUCCGGAACGAAUUAAGUACUUAACCUGAGGUACAACUGUAUUUUUUAAAAAAUCAAGGCUUCUUGCCCUCUGCUCUGCUCCCCCUUUCUUCCCACCCAGGGCAGCUCUGCCUUCUGCCCGCAUCUCAGUGAUACAGUGGUACCUCGAGUUAAGUAUUUAAUUUGUUCCGGAGGUCCGUUCUUAACCUGAAACUGUUCUUAACCUGAAGCACCACUUUAGCUAAUGGGGCCUCCUGCUGCUGCCACGCCGCCGGAGCACAAUUUCUGUUCUCAUCCUGAAGCAAAGUUCUUAACCCAAGGUACUAUUUCUGGGUGAGCAGAGUCUGUAACCUGAAGCGUAUGUAACCUGAAGCCUAUGUAACCUGAGGUACCACUGUAGUGCCAUUGGCAGUUCGGGGUUCUUAUCUUGUACUUUCCAGCAUAAUUUUAUUGCUGCUAAUUGACUCUUUUGGUAGUCAAGCUAACCCUUGGACUAACUCUUCUCUGCUGCAAGAAUGAGCUCGUCUGUGUUUACCUUCUUGCUUUGCUAUCAGCUAAUUGGCUUGCUUUGAUGCUGUGCUAAGCAUCUGUGAGCUUGGGGUGCUUGGCCUAUUGGCCUAGGGAAGGGAGCUAUCUGUAAGACUUGGAUGCCUGCCACCUGCAUUGGCCAGGUGGACCAAUGGGAGGUUCUGGCCAAAGAGACAUGUGCCAGUUUCUGUAUGAGUAAUGCGUUGAGACGCUUGCUAAGGCGCAGAGAAGUCACAAUAAAGGCUUGCUGUUUUGGCAUCCAUCCCUAGUCUUUAACAGCAUCAAGGUUCUGCAAGCCCCCUUUUAAGUUCUCACCUUCUUCUAACGGACCGCUCUGCUGUUUUUGACAUCCUUCUUUGGCGCCCCUGCACCAAACCAUCUGCACAGACCCUCCUCUUUGGGCCAGUGGACCAGGGAACCCGUGUCCGAGACACAAGGAAACCACUGCUCUCCCCUCAACCUGGCAGGGUCUUAUCGCAUGCACAGCACUGUCAUGGGCCUCCGAGGACACAAACGCCGUUUGUGGAACAGUACCUUCAUUGAAAAACUGAAAUGACUUAGAAGUUAAAUAUAAUUAAAUAGGCGUUUUGUGCUUCUGAGUGGGGUGGGGUUGUGGAAUAUUGAUGGCUGCUUCCUGUGUGUGUGUAGAUGUAGGGAAAGAUUGAAGGCACAAGGAGAAGGGGACGACAUGGUUGGACAGUGUUCUCAAAGCUACCAGCAUGAGUUUGACCAAACUGCGGGAGGCAGUGGAAGACAGGAGUGCCUGGUGUGCUCUGGUCCAUGGGGUCACGAAGAGUCGGACACCACUAAACGACUAAACAACAACAACAACAAUGUAUAUGUGUAUAUAUAUAUAUAUAUAUAUAUAUAUAUUAAUAAUAUUUAUUAAAGUUUCAAAAAAAAAUACAUGAAAAUACAGAUUAAAAAAAAGAGUAUAAAGAGAAACAUACAAAAUAAAACAAUUAAAAACACAUUAAUUUUCCAUAGCCUAUCUUCCUUACACUUAUUUCCCCGAACCUCCUCAUACCUCCCUUCUUUGUAUUCCAGUUCAGUUUGUUGGUUCAGCAAAUCCUUACCAUUAAACUUUUACCCAAUUGUUAACCUUUUUUUUUUCAUAUCUCUUAAAGCAUUACAGCUAAAAACCUCUUAGUUUCUAUCCAACAACCUUCUAAGAUUCCUUAAUUUUGCAAUAUUUCUGUAAAUAGUCUUUGAAUUUCUUCCAGUCUUCUUUCACCGACUCUUCUCCCUGGUCUCGGAUUCUGCCAGUCAUUUCCGCCAAUUCCAUGUAGUCAAUCACCUUCAUCUGCCAUUCUUCCAAAGUGGGUAAAUCUUGUGUCUUCCAAUACUUUGCGAUGAGUAUUCUUGCUGCUGUUGUAGCAUACAUAAAAAAGGUUCUAUCCUUCUUUGGCACCGAUUGGCCGACAAUGCCCAGAAGAAAGGCCUCUGGUUUCUUCAGAAAAGUAUAUUUAAAUACCUUUUUCAGUUCAUUAUAUAUCAUUUCCCAGAAAGCCUUAAUCUUUGGGCACGUCCACCAAAGGUGAAAGAAUGUACCUUCAGUUUCUUUACAUUUCCAACAUUUAUUAUCGGGCAAAUGAUAAAUUUUUGCAAGCUUGACUGGGGUCAUGUACCAACUAUAUAUCAUUAUCAUAAUAUUCUCUCUUAAGGCAUUACAUGCCGUAAACUUCAUACCUGUGGUCCAUAACUGUUCCCAGUCAGCAAACAUAAUAUUAUUUCCAACAUCUUGUGCCCAUUUAAUCAUAGCAGAUUUCACCGUUUCAUCCUGAGUAUUCCAUUUCAAUAGCAAGUUAUACAUUCUUGACAGAUUUUUAGUUUUGGGUUCUAACAAUUCUGUUUCUAAUUUUGACUUUUCCACCUGGAAGCCUAUUUUCUUAUCCAAAUUAUAUGCCUCCAUUAUCUGAUAGUAAUGAAGCCAAUCUCUCACUUUAUUUUUUAGUUUUUCAAAACUCUGCAGUCUCAAUUUAUCUCCUUCUUGCUCCAAAAUUUCCCAAUAUGUCGGCCAACAAUGUAUAUGUAUAUACAUAUACGCACAGUGCUUUUUUCCUUAAAAAAAUGUUAAGGGUACUCUCAUUUUUUUACUCAUAUUGAAAUACUGCCCCUCAAUGAGGCCAAACUUAGAUUCACAAAAUGUUUAGGGGUAUGCGUACCCCAGAAAAAAGAUAGAUAGAUGAUAGAUAGAUAGAUAGAUAGAUAGAUGAUAGAUAGAUAGAUAGAUAGAUAGAUAGAAAGAUAGAUAGAUAGAUAUAGAUGAUAGAUAUAGAUGCGGAACCGGAACCAAUAAAAGAUUUGGGGAAGUGGGGAGGACACCACCAGACGCAUACCCUCCAACAUUCCUCAGAUGAAAAUAGGGAUAUUUCUCACUCUGUCCCCCAACUGAAUCUCCCCACCCCCAUUUUUGUCUCCCUCACCCACAGAACAUUUCCACCACCGCUAUAUCAGUAGGACAAAGCACACAGACCCUCCAGCAUCUGAGAAAACCCCUUAAUCCUGGAUUUAUUUUUUUCUUUGGUAGAUUUACAAAAAGAAAAACACAUACCAAAGAAUAAAUUAGUCACAGGGGUGGCGCCAUCGGUAAUGGCGGACUCCCUCUGAUCUGGAGGGAUCAGCUCCACGGGAAACGGGUCUUUUCCGCUACGGCGAAGCGGGGACCCUUUCAAAAAUCACAGGCAGAUGAAGCCUGUGACCAUGGGACUCGGCGGGCACCUUUAGCGCCCCCCCAACCCGCAAAGGAACCCACUAACGGGCUCCGGAGCGAAGAGGGGGAAGUGGCGCGGUGCUGAGAGUCAACUGCUUCUUCCGUGGAGCGAAGCCGCACAGCCGUUGCCGGAGAGCGCUGCCUUCUUCCUGGGACAAUUUGGCUUUUAAAAUAAUCACCCGUGAGUACUUAAAUUUCGGACAAUUGGACUUUAAAUAAGGACUUGCGAGCAGAAAGGAAAAUUGGACUUAAAAGUUUAUUUCAAUUUGGCACUGAAACGGGAAGGUCUAAACAGGAAGUCAGCCUUCCGUUUCUUUGUAGAUAGAUUAAAGCAAAGACAUGGCAAACUAGAGCUCAGAAAAUCGCUUGUAAAAGAUUAACUUUCAUCAUUUAAAAUUGUUGAACCCCCUUCGGAAGCAGGAGAAGAGGGGGGAUUUUUUCCGGACUGUUUAAACCUGCAGAAGUGAGUGUAAAGUAAAGUAACUUUCCACCGUCUUGAUCCUGGAGCGGGGUGUCAGGACUGACGUUUUUUGAAGCUCAUUGACCAGAGACAAACGUUUUUGACAGAUAGCUAAAAGAAGAGAAACAUAGUGAUUCCAUUGUUCCCCUUCGCAUUUUAAAGGAACAAAUAUUGACAAAAUAUCUGAAAAAGGAAACUUUGUUGUUAGAUUUGUCUUUAAAAGAAAAGAACAAAUAGAAGUUUUCCCCCUAGAGGGAGCCUGUGAAACUGUAACCAAUUCUGAAUCGGGGAGCUUGCAGCUGUUACAGAUUACGAUCGUGGGAAUAGACUUCUGACCUUGCAGGACAAUGUAUUCAGAAGCUCUGUUGUGUGCUCUCUGUAAAACAAGUGCCCUACUGGAACAGCUACAUGAGAAGACGGACUUGAUGACUGAUGCGAUCAGAAAUUUUGAACAGGCAGUGGGAAAUUAUAUGGAGCCCACCCAGGAAUUAAAUCAGGAGUGUGCCCUGACAGAACAGAUGAGGGAAGAGGAUGUCGCUGAAUCUUGGGCGCCAGAGAUGGAGGGAGCUGUGGCCCAGCAGGAACAUGAGCUCUUGGAUUUGACAAAUGAACUUGGAAAAAGCCAGAUUUGGAAAGAUAAAGCUUGGUCUGGUUUGGAAAUGGGGGGUUGGAUAGACCCCCCUAUGCAGGGAUGUUUGGACUUUUCAAGUCUGGCAAUGGGCCGUGAGAUGUUUGGGGUUGUGGGGGCUCUUAAUUUUGGAGGGACUUUGAAACAUGUUCUUAAAUACCACAUGGAGUUUAGUGUGGACUAUGGAAAAGGGGCUGAUUUGUCGAGAAGGGUCAAAAACAUUGUUAAGCUGGAGUUCCCACGAGUGAAAGGAGCAGGAGACAAAGGAAAAUACAGCUAUAAAUAUGAAGAAGAGCUGCGGAAGGGACAUGGAAGGGACUUAAGGGCCUCGGAUAUAAGAUUACCAGGUUAAUGCGCUAGAUUGAUGGGAUAAAAAGGACUGACAAAACCCGGGACCAGGAGGAAGGGACGCUGGAUGAAGAUUGGAUUUUUUUUUUCUUUUUUUAUUACUAGGAUUGUUUUAUAAAAUUGAUGAAUGUUAGAAAAAUGUUGGAACGAAAUUAUUUGGCUUUAGCAAAAAUGUUUAAAGAAUUAUGUAAGAAUAUUAUGGUUAUGAGAAGUUGGUAAAAAUAAGAUUUAAGUUUUAAGCUUUAUUUUAUAGUAAGAUAAGAUUAAAAUAGAUUAAGGUAAUGUAAUGACAGAAUAUUAUGAAAUAUGGAAAGGAUUUGCUGCGACAAUUAACAACUAGGAUACAAAAAAAGGGAGGAGGAGGAGGUCAAAGAAAGGUAAUGACAGUUAAGGAUUUGAGAAUAUUGGAUUUGUUUUUAAAUGUUUGUGGUAUAUUUUUGUUUUUUGAAUUUGUAUUGUUUGAUGUGAUUUGUUUUUUCUUUGUUUUUUCUUUCUCUUUUUCUACUUUGUUUUCUUUCGUAAUUCUAAAAAAAUUUCAAUAAAUAACAUUUAAAAAAAAAUAGUCACAGAAAGGGGCAAUGUUGUUGUUGUUUUAAAAAUAAAUAAAUAAAUAAAUAAAUAAAAUUCAAGGCUUCUUGGCCCCUGCUCCACUCCCCCUUUCUUCCCACCCAGGGCGGCUCUGCUUUCUACCUGCAUUUCAGAGCUAUACAACAAAGGUAAUCCCCCUGUGUUGCAAAAACAGAAAACUCUGAACAACCGCAAGCAAUAUGCGGCUAAUACUACACUGUUAAGUGAUUGCUGAUCCAUUGCUAUUUGAAGUACCUGUAGGGACAACUUAUUUGCUGACGAAGAAUCAGUUCGUUAUCUGGAAAAACUAUUCGGCGCCCCUAUCACCGCACAUCUGCAAGAUUUUGACUGUUGAAAUGCACUUUGCCUUCAUUUCAGUGUUCUUUGAUAUUGACAGACGCUUUCCAAUUCGGUUCAUGGAACAUUUGUUUGAUUCCUAUUAUUUGUGACUUGAUGCAAGGAUUAUAGAUAUUCUGCUUAUGAAUGGUGGAACAAUAUAAUGUUAUAAAUAUUUUGUUAGCGCAUUAUUAGCCGCGUGUUGCUUGUAGAUGCAUCUCAGAGCUGGCGAAUCACACAGUGGUGGCAGCCUCACCUUCUCCUUGCUUGCUCUGCAGCAGCCACUAUGCGCUGCCCAAUAAUAAUAAUAAUAAUAAUAAUAAUUUAUUACUUACACCUCGCACAUCUGGCCAGGUCUCCCCAGCCACUCUGGGCAGCUCCCAACAGAAUAUUAAAAACACGAUAAAACAUCAAACAAUAAAAUCUUCCCUGUUACAGGGCUGCGUUCAGAUGUCUUCUAAAAGUCAGAUAGUUGUCUAUUUCCUUGACAUCUGAUGGGAAGGCGUUCCACAGGGUGGGCGCCACUACCAAGAAGGCCCUCUGCCUGGUUCCCUGUAGCCUUGCUUCCUGCAGUGAGGAAACCGCCAGAAGGCCCUUGGUGCUGGACCUCAGUGUCCACGCUGAAUAAUGGGGUGGAGACACUCCUUCAGGUAUACUGGGCCGAGGCUGUUUAGGGCUUUAAAGGUCAGCACCAACACUUUGAAUUGUGCUCUGAAACGUACUGGGAGCCAAUGUAGGUCCUUCAGGACUGGUGUUAUGUGGUCUUGGCAGCCACUCCCAGUCACCAGUUUAGCUGCCACAUUCCGGAUUAGUUGUAGUACCUUCAAAGGUAGCCCCACUUAGACUUCCGGGUCAGCGCCAUUGGUGAAUGGCGGAGUUCCUCCGACCGGAGGAACGGGCUCCGUGGAAACUGGGUCUUCCCGCCGCGGCGAAGGUGGGGACCCGCUAGAAAUCCCAGGCAGAGGAAGCCUGGGAACGUGGGGUUCGGCAGGGCACCAGAAGCGCCCCCCUACUCGCGGGGAAUCCCAUUUAGGGGCUCCGGAGCGAAGUGGGGUGAGAAGCGCGGUGCUGCGAACUGACUGCUACUUUCACGGAGUGAAGCCGCACAGCCAUUGCCAGAGAGCGCUGACUUUUUCCUGUGGACAAUUGGACUUAAAACAAGUACCCGUGAGUAGAAACGGAAAAUUGGAUCAAGAAAUUGCUUAAUUUGGUAUCGAAGCGGGAAGGUGCAAAACAGGAAGUCCGCCUUCCGCUUUUUGUAUAUAGACUAAAGCAAAAAUUUUGUGAGCUAAAGCUGGGAAAGCUGUCAAAAAGCCUAAAUUUCCUUCAUUUAGAAUCACUGAAACCCCCCUUGGAAGCAAGAGAAAAGGGGGGGGACUCUGUUUAACCCUAGCAGGAGAGGGAGUGAAGAAGGAUAAGUUUCCACCGUCUCUAACCUGGGAACGGGGUGUCAGAGACAGAAACUGUUGGAGAGGUUCAUUGACUGUGAAUGGAAUACUUUGACAGAUAGCUAAUGAAGAGAGACAAGUUGAUUCUAAUGUUGCCUUUUGCAUUUUAAAGAAACAAAAUAUCUGAAAAACAUCUGAAAUAUCUGGAAAAUGAAAGUAACUUUCCUUUGCCUUAAAAAAAAAAAUGGAUACAAACAGAAAUUGUCUCCUCUAGAGGGAGCUUGUUAAAUUGUUGCUGCAGUAUGCUUGAGGACCCAACAUCUGUGAGAUUAAGAUCGUGGGAACAGUCUUUUUUUGACCUUUACCAAAGAUGAGCUGGGAGGAAGAUUGGGUGCUUGCUUUAUGCAAAACAAAUGCCUUGCUGGAACAGAUGCACGAGAAGAUGGACUUGAUGAAUGAGAAAAUGGAUUUGACUGUUGUGGUUAAUAACUGUGGACAAACAGGGAACAUUGAUACAGAAAUCAUCCAGGGACCAACCUAUGAUUCUUUACUGACUGGGCAAGUGCAGAUGACAAUGAAGGAAGAUGCGGUUGCACUUCAAAUAAUACAAAUGGAGAGACCCGAGGCCCUACAGGAGCAUAAGCCGCUGUCAUUGAAGAUUGAAGUUGAAGUGGGCCAGGGGGAGUUUGGAGAUGAGGAGAUUUCUAACUUUGGAGAGACCUUGAAAUAUGACAUUAAAUACUUUUUGGAUUAUAUCGAGGACUGUGGGGAGUGGGACUGUGGGGAAUGGGCGGGCUGGAUGAAGGGAGAUGGAGACAAUUUUGGGUUGGAAUCCCCCAGAGACCUACUCCUCAAUGAGAAAGGAAAGAAAUUAAGAAAGAGACCAACAAAAGACAAGGAAAAGGGCAAGUAUAAACAAGAAGAAGAAGAACUGCAGAAGGGACAUGGAAGAGACUUAAGGGCCUCGGACAUAAGGCUUCCAGGUUGAUGGACUAGAUGGAAUGGACAGUAAGGACUGACACGAUCCGAGACCAGGAAGAAGAGACGCUGGAUGAUGAUUGGAAGAAAAUUUAUAAAGGAAACUUUUUAUUUAGAAUUAGCUUAAUGAAUAUUAGGGAAAAUGUUGGAAUGAAACUAUAUGACUCUAGCAGAAAUGAUAUCAGGAGCUAUGUAUAUUUGAAAACUAAGAUUUAAGCUUUAAGGUAUUUUGGGGUAAGAUAAGGUUAAAUAAAUUAAGGUAAUUUGAAUAACAGAAUAUGGGGAAAGAUGGAAAGGAUUUGUUGAGUUAAUUAUUAGGUUAAAUUGUUAAGAUAUAUUUUUUAACAAAAAUUGAGAAAGAUGGAAAGAAUUUGCUGAAAUAAUUAAUUAAACUAGAAUACAAAAAGGGAGGUGUGAGGAGGUCAAUGAAACAAGCAAAUGGAAAUUAUAGAUAUGCAAUUUGGGAUUUGUGUCUUUUUCCCCCCUUCUUUUUAUUUUUCUUUUGCUGUAUUGUUGUAUUGGUUUUUAUGUUCUGUGUUUUUCUCUCUUUUUGUAUUGAAGUGUUGUUCUUCAUUUUGUCUUUUUUUUUGCAAUUGUGAAAUUAUUAAUAAAUAUUAUUUAAAAAAAACAAAAACAAAGGUAGCCCCACUUAGAGCGCAUUGCAGUAGUCCAAGCGGGAGAUAACCAGAGCAUGCACCACUCUGGCGAGACAGUCCGUGGGCAGGUAGGAUCUCAUCCUGCGUACCAGAUGCAGCUGGUAGACACCUGGUCACAGACUUGACCUGCGCCUCCAUGGACAGCUGUGAGUCCAAAAUGACUCCCAGGCUGCGCACCUGGUCCUUCAGGGGCACAGUUACCCCAUUCAGGACCAGGGAGUCUUCCCUACCCACCUGCAAAGGAAGAGGGGACUUUGAGCUCACUUAGCAUCCUGCUUCCUGUUAUACCAGUCCUAAGUCCCGCAUUUGGAUCCAAGAAGCUGCUUAGGGGGUGAUUCUCCAGAAGGAAUUUCUUUCUCGUCUUAUUUGGAGCCAACUGCCAUGCAAGCUACGCUACCAAAACAAUACUCAAAUCGAAACGCAGAAAGUUGUUCCUGUUAACAGCAGCAGUUUGUCUGUGGGCUGGGAGAAGGGAAAUGUCUAAGGAGGGAGGGGGACCGUCAAAGUGGUUUCCGUCUAGUCUGGCAUCCUCUUCCCCCACAGCGGCCUGCCAGAUGCCGCCAAAGCUCAUGCAGGGAGGCGGACCACAUGUUGUGACCACAAGCAGGGCAUGGUCAGGAGGCAAAGGGCGCCACCUCCACGCUAAUGUUUUCAGCGUCCUCCUACAAUUUAGGAUUAAAUGGGCACGGCAUUUCAUUCUUCUGAAAAGCAAAACGUGAAGCUAGCUAAUGCGUCGGUUUUGCUCAAGACCGAUUAGCAAACUGCCAGGGCUUCAAGGCUAGUUGGCCGCUGUUUGCACCUCGACUGACAGUUAAAUGCAAAGCCAGCUCUCAGACCCUCCAAGUCUCCCUGUUUUCCAGGGACAUCCCUCAGCCUGAUCUUUUAUUUCCCUUCCCUCCCCUCCCCUUCCCCUUUUAUGAAGAUCACCCACUCUGAGACCCCACGGCUAAUUCUCCCCGGUCUCCUCGCUGGCCCAAGUAGGACCAAUUCAGCCAGCUAGCCCUGGGGAUUAUCUAAUGCUUAUUUCCCCUUAAUUGAUUUCAGAAUUUUAUUGUUAUUCAUGUUUUUAUACUGUAUUUUAUGCUGCUUUUAUAAUUAAGUGUUUUAAAUUUGUUGUUAGCCACCCUGAGCCUGGUUUUUAAACCAGGAAGGGCGGGGUAUAAAUAAAAAAAUAUUAUUAUUAUUUGGAGAAGCUGUCCCAGUUUCUGAUUAAAUCCUGGAAUGUCCCACUUUUCCUUAGGACGUCCCUAUUUUCAUCGGAGAAAUGUUGGAGGGUAUGGCGUUAUCUGACUCCCAAGCCUUUUGAAGGCAAUCCUGUAUAGGGAAGGUUUCUAUGUUUAAUGUUUUAUUAUGUUUUUAUAUAUGUUGGAAGCUGCCUAGAGUGGCUGGGGCAACCCCAAUAAGAUGUGGGGGGCGGGUAUAAAUAGUAAAAUUACCAUUAUGGAAUGGGACAUCCCUAUUUUCAUCGGAGAAAUGUUGGAGGGUAUGAGCUCUCAAAUGGAGAGCAAGAGAGAUUGCCAUAUUUCUUUGUUUUUAAAAGAAAUUUAACUUGGAAAGGCUUCUUCAUUGUUGGAUCCCAGCCAAUCAGGGAUCCUGCUGUGAAUGUGAGGUUGUGACAGAUUACUGCUGAGGCAGUGCAGUGCAGUGAUCAGAGUGCUGAAAAGUUGCAGGUUCAAAUUCCCCCUCAGCUAUGAGCAUCGUUAGCUGACACUGAGCCCAAACACUCUCAUUGUCAGAUAAACCUACCUUACAGGGUUGCCGUGAGGUGAAAGGGGGCAGGAGAACCAUGCAGAUUUCUCUUUGGAUGAAGGCUAUCUAUUAAAUUAUCCAUGUCAAUGAGACCAAGUUGCACGCAUUUAACAUACCCACAUAUGUGUGUAUAUAUAUAUAUAUAUAUAUCCUGUUUUUGAGCACUGGGGGGGGGGCAUUUCCCUUUAAAACACUGAGAACUGAGGCACAUCAGCACCUGCGUUUUAAAAAUGCACACAAAUUCACACCUUUUUGUACAAUUUUGACCCAUGCUAGAAAAAAACACACGUCCCCAGAUGUGGGCAUUUUUUGAGGCGUGAGAAAAACACGAGCUAAACACGAGCAAGUCCUAACUGGUUUCAGCACUAAUAUAGAGGAAAUGAAACAAGUUUUAUUAAGCAAAGGUCGGUGUGUGUGUGUGUGUGUGUGUGUGUGUGUGGACGGGUGCGGGAAUUUGGAAGUGUGUGGAGCGGAAGGGGACCUGUGAGCCGGGCAAAUGCCAGAAGCGGCUGAAUCAUACAUCUUCCAUUUUACUGAUGAUGGUGGCGAUGCUUUCAGGUGACACCAUGGACCCAGGAGUCCUGACUGGGAAGAGCUACUUGGACCUCCUGUUCAGUGACGUCGACAUUCCGGUUCUGUAUAAGGAGGUGGUGGAAACAGGUGAGUCCCCGUCCCCCCCGGGCGUCGUGAAGAAUAAUCCCUUGCUUGUUUUGUUUUCUCAUCUGCCUGCCACCCCAUAAUUUUUUUUAUUGUGAAAGCUGCAAAAGACACGUCAAGAGUCAGAUAACCAAGGGGACAAGAUGAAAGCGCAGAAACAAUGGAAGAAGCCUUUCCAGGGCAGUUCUGCCUGUCUGCAUCUAGGAAAUAAAACCUGACUUGGGGUACAUUGCAGCUGCUGCCCACAUCAAUACUCAUCCUUGCUUUCACAGUCCUUCUGCACUGACCAGUCUUCUUCAUCCUCUAUUUUGGACUGGUCAAUGGCUGCACAGGAAGUACCGUACUUUCCCGUGUAUAAGACGCCCCCAAGUAUAAGACGCCCCCAAAAGAGUUUUGGGGGACUCAAAAUUAAGAAAAUGGGGGGAGGGUUUGGCCUGACUUGUUGAGCUUUUUUGGGGGGGAGGAUCGCUCACCCGUCUGAGCAACGCUGACAAUAACACACGUCACAGAGGCCAAAAAUUGCCUGCCCGCUCGCCGCCAGCAGCCGCCAAUCGCCCACCCAAUUGCCGCAACGACAGCCAAUCAACAGCAGCCCUUGCCGCAGCCACCAAUCACCAGAACGAUAGCGGCUGACAAUCUCCUACUUGCGGCAGCAACCAAUCACGCGUCACCACACUGAACUACCCACAUAUAAGACAACCCCAAUUUUUAAACAUUAUUUUUGCAGGGAAAAACCUCGUCUUAUACAGUGGUACCUCGGGUUAAGAACUUAAUUCAUUCUGGAGGUCCGUUAUUAACCUGAAACUGUUCUUAACCUGAAGCACCACUUUAGCUAAUGGGGCCUCCUUCUGCUGCUGCCGCGCGAUUUCUGUUCUCAUCCUGAAGCAAAGUUCUUAACCUGAGGUAUUAUUCCUGGGUUAGUGGAGUUUAUAACCUGAAGCAUCUGUAACCCGAGGUACCACUGUACACGGAAAAGCACAGUACUUUCUGGGAGCCAGAAAUCCAAAGUAUUCUCUGAGGGCAACCUCUGGCCAAAUCAGAUAUUUUUGAGCUGUUUUUUCCAACUGGCUUCUUAAAGAAAAAAAAAGGAAUAAGCAAACAACAACAAAGACUUUAAAGCGAAAUUACAAGAGCAAUGGUAGGAACUGGGUGGAAGAGGGGUGUUGAAGGAAGGUGUAUUUAAACCUCUGCCUUGACCCGUUUUCCUAAAUGCCCCCCCCCCAAAGCAGCAAUGGGUCAAGAAAACAGUGGGGCUUAAGCAGGUACUCUGCCAGCAGGGAUGGAUGAGAAAUUCGGUUCAGCUUAAACCGACCCAAUUUGCAUUUUCUGAGAUGUUCCGCAAACUGAAACACAGCCAGCCUUUGAAACUUUAACUUCUCUGAAUUUUGCAAUGCAGUUGUCCCGCCAAGAAAUAUAUAUUAAAAUGCAUAUACAAGGGUAAGGUGUGUGCGACAAUACAUAUACUAAUGAAUGUUACGUACAGAAAUGCGUUAUAUCAGGGGGGAAUCCUUUGCAGAAAUGUGUAUAUUCAGGGAAAUUAUAUGCAAAAGUGUGCCUAUUAGGUGAAAUUUGCCCCUGCGUGUAAAACAGCCCACCUGUCAAUUGUGUGAUGUUCUAGUGGCAUCUGUGAUUGGCAGGUGAAUUGCCCCACCCACCUUUCCAUGCUGACCCACAGGGUGUUGCCAGAUAAAGAUCUGGUCCUGGGAGCCAGAAAAGUUUCUGAUUUCUAUGGGUUUUGCAGGUAUUUAAGGUGUUUCUGCAGUUGAUGCUUUGUGUAGUAAGAUAAAAGUUGCAUAGAUGUUUUUGUGCACUAUUAAUGCCUCUUUCAUUUUAUUUUUUUAACUCUAGAACCUGACGAUCAGGAAAACAACCCUGAUGUCUUUUACACAGUGGAAAGUAAUGAGAGUGGAGAGCAAGUCUGCCUGUGUGCGGACACUGGAGAGGCCUAUGAUAAAAUAGGUAGGAAGCUGGAAUUUCGAGGUUGGAGAGGAGCUGAGUGAGGUCCGGCUUGUUUCUUUGUUUGUUAGAUAUUAUUAAAUUUGUAUACCACCCUAUACCCCAAAGUCUCAGGGUGGUUCACAACAUAAAAUCACAAUCAAUGAAUGAAUGAAUCUUUAUUUGCGUCAGCCAUCGGCCAUAGCAAUAAAACAACAAUACAGUAUACAAAGAAUAAAAAUAAAAAGUCAAUUAUAUAAAAUACAUUUUAGGGUUUUGAAUCAAUAGUCAAAUAGUGGAUCUUAUUCUAAUUGCCCCAGCUAAAAACCUUGCAACCUUUGCUGUCGCCUGCUCACCUUGAUCUGCCAAGAGAAAGGACACUGUGGCAGUGGCUGGGCGACCCGGAAUGGACAAUAAAAGAGGGGUGAUAACCUCAUUCCCCAAGUCUUUAUAAAGAGUGCAAGCCAGAAGGGCAUGCACCACUGAUUUGGUACUGCCAUCUCCACAGGGACAUAGGUUUCUUCGUGUGGAAUCUGUUGGAAUUGUCCCUCAAGUUCAGCCAAGGGCAAGACAUUCAAUCUUGCGAGAGCAAAAGCGCAUCUAUAUUUCAGAUUCGCUACAUAAAAUCACAAAAUACAUAGUAAAGAAAAAGACAAGAGGGGUCAGCAAACUUUUUCAGCCGGGGGCCGGUCCACUGUCCCUCAGACCUUGUGGGGGCCAGACUAUAUAUUUUUUGGGGGGGAAAUGAACAAAUUCCUAUGCCCCACAAAUAACCCAGAGAUGCAUUUUAAAUAAAAGGACACAUUCUACUCAUGUAAAAACACGCUGAUUCCUGGACCGUCCACAGGCCAGAUUUAGAAGGCGAUUGGGCCGGAUCCGGCCCCCGGGCCUUAGUUUGCCUACCCAUGGACAAGACCUUUUCCUUUUAGAUCUUCUUGUUAGGAUGUCUUGCAGUCAAAGACUUUUAAAACGGCGGUGUGGUUUUUAAUAAACAAACCAACAAUGCAAAUAUUACGGUUGCACAAACUACUUCUUCCCUCUGACCCAGGGAUCAAUGGCCACAGAUCUGGGCUCAAAUCUUUCAGGGGGAAGACCUGGUGUAUAUUUGGGGUUUAGCCUUAAUUAAACAUAGGGUCAGAGGAAAGAGAGGUAGCUGACCAAGAGCGUUUGGUGGCAGGGUUUAAUCCUGCGGGGCUCUUCCUUCGGAAGCAUCUUGCCUGUCACAAAGGAGCUGGGAUUUUAUUGACUACAUCGCUGCAUUGGUACUCCACACAGCUCAAACCUUCUUUUGGGAAGAGAGAGCCAAUUCGGCAGGCCUCUCCUAAACCUUUUCACUGCUUUUUCUUUCUUUUCCCACUUGACCUCUUCUUCUUCCUCAGCAAUGGCUGCUUCUCCUUUUGCCUGACAGACCCAGAUCGCUCUGAGGCCCCCAAUGCAACCCAUGAUGAUCUGGGAGUGUCUCCACCCAGCUCGGGUGGCACCCUGUCCAUCCCCUUUCCAGGCCUUCAGCUCAAAUUCAAAUAUCUUUAAUACGGCCAAUGACCAGCAAGCAAUUUAUAAAAUAAAAUAUGGCAAUAUAAGUACUAUUGUACUACAGAUAACAGUGGAGAUAUGGGCAAAUCACAAAGUUGGUACUUAUGUUUGUGACCAAGUUUCGACUUUUAAGGUUUUAAGGAUUCAAUUCAAAUGUCACUACUGUUUAUUAUCGUUCCUUCGAUGUUUGCAAUUUGAACUCCGUUGUUGUCAUCAUUGCUCGUCUUAUUCUUGUUGCAAUGUAACAGUACUUCGCCACAGGCCUCUUGAUUUCGGGGUCUUUGUCAGCUAAGAGGUGUCUGAUAUAGAUGUCGUCUGUACUACGAGGUAUUUUCCUCAGAAUCGGCUCGAUCACAGGCCUUCAGCUGAAUCUAAUGCACAAGCUUAGUUGAUAUGUUUUGUACCUUCUUUUUUAACAUAACAAAACAAAACAAAACAAAACCUUACUUUUCUGCAUUUGCAAGCCAAGCAGUGUACAGAAGCCUCAGGUGCUGAUUGGACGAGCUGCUCUUACAUCACAGAAGGGUCUCUGGUGCCCUCCAGGUUUUGUUGGACUAUAACACCACCUCUGCUCCCAGAACCCCUGAUGCUUGGCUAUGCUUGCUGAGGCCAAUGUGCAGGGAUGCUGGGAGUUGUAGUUCAGCAGCUCCCAGAGGGCCAAAGGUUCUCUACAUCUGCGGGGAAGGUUUGAGCUUUUAUUUGUAGAAGAAUUCACCUGUACAGCUUCUCACUUUGCAUUCUUCCCCUCUUUUUUUUUUAAAAAAAUUUAGCUUCCUUGGCUGAAUACGUGCUAAAAGACCAGCAAGAAAAACCUGAGGAAGAUCUGUUCGGUAAGAUUCUUGUGUGCCCCAGAAAAGCGUUGCAUUUGAGAUGCCCUCAUGGCAGUCUAUUUCACAACAGACUUCAGUACGCACAGCCUCUAAAGGUUUUGAUGCGGCCUUGUCUAAUCACGAAUAAACAGCCUGUUCUUCCCUUUCUUAUUUCAAACCAAACAGGAAACCUGGUUCUAGAUGAGACAGCGGCUGAAACCCCAGAGGAGGCCAAGAAACGGGGUGAGCAGGAGGUGAAUCGGUGGGGUUCGCGCGGCAGCCGAGGGCGGAACAUCUUGCAGUUCCUUGUUUAUUUUAGGCUUUUAUUUUAGGCAUUUAUAACCAGCCUUAUGCAAAUAGCCUCAAGGCAGCUUACAAAAGCAGAAGAGAAUGUAUGAAAACGCAUGAAAGCAAGACGUUAUAACAGGAGACAAAAAUAAUAUUUAUUUGUUUGUUUGUUUGUUUGUUUGUUUGUACCCCGCCCAUCUGGCUGGGUUUCCCUAGCCACUCUGGGCGGCUUCCAACAAAAGACCGAAAAUACACUAAGAUGUCACACAUUUAAAACUUCCCUGAACCUCACUAUAGUUAUUUUUAAAACAGGUGUAAGGAACCUUUGACCUUCAAGCUGUUUGCUUACUUCAUAAGUCUCUAGGGGAAAGGAAGGGCUCUCAGAAUCUGUCCUGGCAUCAGUCCUCACCCAAUAGGAAUGUAAUUUAAAAGCACACAGAAAUCUGCAAAUAUCAGGGAUUCUCCCAGCUGUGUGGCUACUUCCAUCCCUGCUGUUCUGGCAGAGAGGAGUCACACCUACUGAAGUCAUUGUGCAAGGCGCUGGGCCUUCAUCUUCCUUUCUUUCCACCCCCAGGCAGCUGCUCUGAUGCUCCAGAGCCCAAACGCAGGAAACUCGGUGAGUUGGGGGUUGCGUCGAUAGCUGGGCUCCACAGCGAGAUAGAUGUACCUAGCCAGGGCAGUGUAAAACAGCUUGCUUCUCCAUUGGACGUACACAAUGGGACUUGCCUCUCCAAAUCUACGUCCUCUCUGCAAAUAAACGCACACACAAUGUUCUUAUCUCGUUUUGCUGUCGCAAUUAUACUUGCAAAUGGCGGGUGACUAAGUCGUGGGAUAGGAGAGCUGAAAAUAAUGCCAAUAUUGGUAAAGGGAAAAGGGAAAGGACCCCUGGACGGUUAAGUCCAGUCAAAGGCGGCUAUGGGGUUGCGGCGCUCAUCUCGCUUUUAGGCCGAGGUAGCCUGAGUUUGUUCACAGACAGCUUUCUGGGUCAUGUGGCCAGCAGGACUAAAAUGCUUCUGGCGCAACGGAACACCGUGACGGAAACCAGAGCGCAUGGAAAUGCUGUUUACCUUCCUGCCACAGUGGUACCUAUUUAUCUACUUGCACUGGCGUGCUUUCGAACGGCUAGGUUGGCAGGAGCUGCGACAGAGCUCACUCCGUCACGGGGAUUCGAACCGCCGACCUUCUGAUCAGCAAGCCGAAGAGGCUCAGUGGUUUAGACCACAGCGCCACCUGCGUCCCUUUAAUGCACAUAUAUUUCACAUCUGACAACCAAUGCGCUCCUUUGGUUUCAGAAAGUACAUGGGUAAAUGAGUCUGAAAAGCCUGGGACACGUUUUCACGGCCCUCCAGCCGCUAUGGUGGCUCAUUUACCAGAAGUCAUAUAUUGAGCGUUAACGCUGGAAGUGUGUACCCUAUUCUGAUCAAACUGAGCCUCCUGAUGCAUAUUGCGCUCAUGUACACGAUUGUGCAUGAGCAUGCAUAAGUGGCGGAGAGGAGGGAGAUGCCUGUGUUGUCAUAAACUGGCUGUGAUACAUUUUUUAUGAUACAAACAUUUUUAAAAAUAAAUAAAUACAUAAGCCAGUCCUGAGCCUGAUAGUAGCCUGGAGAUGAAGUCACACCAAAACUGCCUCCCCGUGACAUCGCUCUGCUUUUGCUUCCUCACUCAGGGCAUCCACCGGCUCUCUGCGUCGUCAGCGGCAAUUGCAUCACCAUCCCUCUGAGCUGCUCCCCAGCCAACACCCUCUCAUCGCCCGACUUCCACAUGGAGUUUUCGGUGACCACCAUCAGCCCUGCCUUCGGUAUGAGAAGCGAUACUUGUGGGUUUGCGUUCUGCACCCUUUGGGAUUAUCAGUACAGUGGUACCUCGGGUUAAGAACUUAAUUUGUUCUGCAGGUCCGUUCUUAACCUGAAACUGUUCUUAACCUGAAGCACCACUUUAGCUAAUGGGGCCUCCCGCCACUGCCAUGCGAUUUCUGUUCUCAUCCUGAAGCAAAGUUCUUGACCUGAGGCACUAUUUCUGGGUUAGUCUGUAACCUGAAGCGUCUGUAAUCUGAAGCGUCUGUAACCCGAGGUACCACUGUACAGUGGUAUCUUGGUUCUCAAACGCCUUGGUACUCAAACAACUUGGAACCCAAACACUGCAAACCCGGAAGUAAGUGUUCCAGUUUGCGAACUUUUUUGGGAAGCUGAACAUGCUCCGUUUUAAGUGUUACGCUUCUGUUUUGAGUGCCACAUUUCCAUUUUGAGUGUUACUCUGAGGUCUGUCUAUUUUUGCUGUUUAUUUUGCAUUUUUGUUCUUGCGGCUCUUUUUUUGGUGACUAUGUGGAACCCAGUUCAGCUACUGCUUGAUUGAUUGUGUGACUACAGUACAUUGUUUAUGGCUUUCAUUUUAAGGAUCAAUGGUCUCGUUAGUCUGGAACGGAUGAACCCAUUUUGCAUUGCUUUCUAUGGGAAAGCGUGACUUAGGUUUUGGAACGCUUGGGUUUUGAAACAGACUUCCGGAAUGGAUUAAGUUUGAGAAUCAAUGUACCACUGUAUUUUAAAAAAGAAACCCACAACUGCAUAAGACAUGCCAAAAAUAAUCGAAAGCAACAAUAAGCUCAAAAGGCAACCAAACACACAUGUCAGCGUUCUACGUGCUUGCCUAAACAAAAGUGUUUUUAGAAGGCAGGGAGUUGCAUCGUGCAGUUGCAGCCAUGCUAAAAAAAAAAAAAAUCUUGCAAAUGUGGAACGAAGAUUUUGUGGCAUUUCUAACAGUUCCAGUUCCGCAGAUUGAAGUGGUUGAGUGGGUAUAUAUUGGGUAAGGAGCUCUAUAGUAAAUAGGAACUACAGAUUCCUAUGGAGAAAUCAUCACUGACACAGGAUGUAAGUAAGGAGCAAAACACAGUUUUGUGUUCAUCUGGCUUUUUUUCUAGGUGUUUGAUGGGGAAUUUGAUGGUUUUGAUGGAUGUUUGAUGGGGAAUUUGUGCAGCUGGAAAAAAAAUCUGCUUAACAAAAACCCUGGUGUGAUGGCCUGGGAUUUGGUCUUGGAGGCUGAACCCGAGGAAUCCCAGCCUGCACAGGAUUCCCCGCCUCCAGAACCAGCUGAGCCAGGGCUGGGGCAUGAGCCUGAAGGGUCCUCACCUGUGCUAGGUCCUCAGGUGCAGGCAUCAGCUGAGUCUGCUCUGGCUCCUAAGGUGAUGGAGGACCCAUUGCCUGCAGGUGCUCCACUCUCAGCCCCGUCAGGGGAAGAGGAGGUUGCCUCUGGGUCCGGUAACCCUCCAGCCUCUCCUGAGCUGCAGAGGCUCAGGACAGAGUGGCGGAGGGAACUAAGGUCCCGCAGGAGGAGUGCUCACCUCCAGGCCAGGAGAGGCGAGUCACCUGUGGACCGGGGCCACCCAAUGCCUCGGGGCAGAUAAAAGCCAGCCAGCCCAGUCCCAAGUUGUGGGAGCAACGUUGUUGGUAGCCUGUUCCUGCCUGCACCCUGUCUUGCCUCUCUGCCAGAGCUCCUGACCUCACCCGACUCCCUACCUUGGACCCAGCUUCAGCUUUGACAGACUGCCUCCCUACUGCACCCUCAACCUCGGACUGGACUCGGACCUCUCCUCACGGUUAACCCUCGGGACCAGCAUACCUGGUGACUUAGAGUGGUGUGUGUAUAUUUUACAUGGCAAUAAGCAUCUCUCUUGCAUUCUGCAGCCUCCCCAGAUGCCUUCAUCUCCUGAUUUAUAAAAUUUCCAUGGGCGGAGUUACAUCAUCGCUUCUUCCCCUGGGCUUUAACUGAAGUGCAGGAAGCCAGGGAGGCUGACUACCGAGUGCCUAAGACCAGUGCACUCACUGACCUUGUUUUUAAGGAAGGCCCUUUCAUUUUAACUUAAAUCAGCAGUUCUCAACCUGUGGGUCCCCAGAUGUUGUUGGACUACAACUCCCAUCAUCCCUGAGCUCUGGCCUUGCUAGCUAGGGGUGGUGGGAGUUGUAGUUCAACAACAUCUGGGGACACACAGGUUGAGAAAGGCUGACUUAAAAUAUAUAUAUAAUUUUUCCGCUGAUCGUGUCUUAGGGCUUUCUGGAAGUGUGGGCACCCAGGGAGGCUGCAGGGUGCAGGCCACCCGAGAGAUUAUCUGCAGAAUGGGGGGGGGGGGAACGACUCUCCCAGACAUCCCUUGGCCACCUCAUUUUUUUUUUUAAUGAUAUUUAUUAAAGUUUCAAAAAAAGGAUACAUAAAUAAAAAAAGAGAAAAAUAGAAAAAAGAAAAAUACAAAAUACAAAAAAAAAUUUAAAAACAAUUCCAUCUUUUUAUCAUUUCUCUUUCAUUUACAUGUUUCCCGGACCUCCUCAUACCCCCUGUAGUAAAGCUAGUAUUAUUUAGAAGCUGUUCCUUGGUCAAGCAAUGAGAGUGAGGCCUUGUGGGUAACCAACAAGCCACAAGGACCAUGGGAAAUAAGUUCUGUCCCUUUAACCCCAGACUAACAGGCACCCAGGGUGUGAAAGUUUUAUUAUGGGAGAGGAAACCCUGAUUUAAUGGAAGGCUUGACACCUGGGUCCAAGUUCUGCGCAUUCCGUUAGUGAUGUUAUCUGGCCUUAAUGGCCUGGGAAUGUGCAUCUGCAGAGGCGCCAAGGAAGGGAGGACAACCUUUGAUUGAGGCUCUGGGUUCUUAAUUGGCCCAGCUGCCAGAAGUUAGAUUGAUUAGUCCACAAGCCGGUCAUUGGAGAAUUUAAAAAUAAUCAAGAGUUAUGAUUGGUUUUGGGGGUUCCGACGCCACGUGUGAAUCAGGGUUAAAAGACCUGGGAAAUGGCUGAGAAAGUGCGCUCUGCAAUCCGCAAAUCGCCCGGCUGCUAAUGUUCCAUCUAAGUAGCUGUCUUUGCAUCCUUUGUGUUGGAGAUCUGCGAAAGCCUUUGAACUGCGGAACCUUGAAAGGACUCUAUCUAUUUCUUUUGUACUUUAGUUGUGAGUAUGCAAGCUAGCUAGAUUUCACAAUGUUUUUAUUUUUCUUGUCUGUAACUUACUAAAGAUGUGCCUGCUAUUUUAGCAUGUUUUCUUAUGUUCUUUUAAAAUAAAUUUUAAAUAAGAAACUGUUUUGGUUUGUGUGCCUUCCCGGGGGGAAAGUCUAAGUCCUAGCCUUACGCUUAGUUACGCUCUACCGUAAAACUUCUGUCUGCAAGUUUGUGGAUUCAACUUGUGGAGUGGGGAUAACCAGUAACAACAGGGUACAGCCUACUCCCUGGGUUGUGACUCUAGGUUUCCCGGAACAGAGGGAGUGGUGGCAGCUCUACCGGUGUGAUUUUGUCCUGCUUCUGUAUAACGUAACGUUGCCUGCCUGCCCUGCUCAAGAAACCUGAUCUGGCCGGAGAGCAAAGACAGGUGAGGGAGGAGCGAGCGGCUGGGGGUAACUUUACUACAUGGUGGCAGCGGUGGGAUCGAACUUCCCUACGGAAAGGCACUUUGAAUUCUUUUAAAUUGGCACGUAUCUUUUGGGAGUUACAGGUAGUUUAUUUUUUUUGGCUAGAAAUAGUUAGGAGAUGGAUGCCGCGUCGUCGCAGGAAAACACCAUGCAGACAUUAGACCAGUGGGGAUUGGUGGGAGGAAGCAGUUCCCUUCCUGUGGAGACCAAUCCCCCCCAAGCUUUAAGUCCCGGAGCGGAAUCCGCCUCCUGGUUUUCAGAAGACCCUGAAACAGAGGGGGAGCUGGUGGAUGCCAGCGAGUUAAGUACUGUCCGGAGGGGUCGGCGAGAGUCCUGUAUUGCGGAAAGAGCAAGGGGCACGCCAGUUACCCAACCCCCAUCGCCUCGUGAGGAAGUGGAUGCCUCCACACGUCCGAGGGGGAACUAUCUUGUUUACACAGAGCCUAAAGAGAUGGAUUUCUCAGAAGGUUAUGAUGUGGAGUGGAUGCGAGAUCCGGUGGAUGGUGGAUUCCGUUGCCGAGAGAAACAUCCAAAAGUCGGCCAAUCCAUUCUGAUGGGGCCAAGAGUCAGCCGGAUGGCGUAUGACUACAAAGAACUGCCGCACCAGCUGCAGGAGGUGACUGUGGGAGACUGCCGCCGAGAAGCGGGCGCGCCCGACGUCCGCCGGAUGGAGAGACAGCGGUCACUCAGUCCGGGUAGAGUCUACUCGCCAGUCAGAGCUCAAGAGGUGUACGUGCCGGUGCGACGGUAUGUGGCAGAGGAAGAGGAGGAGUUUUUUCAGCGACCCAAGCGUGGAUUCGCAACGGCAGCUGAACCGGUACGCCCGGACGGGCCGGCGCUUCAAAACCCUGCGCCGAGGUAUGAACUUGUUCCAGUGAGGGGGGGAAAUCACCGCCAACAGUCCCCUCCAGGACUGUCUUUGAGUACUCUUAAUUGGAGGGUCUUCCCGAAAUAUCAGCCCCCCACUGACGUUCUGAGUUAUCUGACUCUUUUUGAAGUAACUUGCAAGGACAUGGGAGUUGCUCCAACUAUGUAUAUGGCUGUUCUGCGCCCCUAGUUUGUGGUGACCUGGCAGAGCUUAUGGGUCACCUCCCCUCAUCUGAACUCAAUGACUAUGAAAGUUUCAAAAAGUUAGUCAUGCAGAGGCAUGGAUUGCACCCCGAGAAUUAUCGAAAGGCUUUUCGAAAAGUAGAGAAGUCGGGGCUCAGUGAUAAUAUUGCAGUUUUCUCAGCAAAAAUGGCUCAAAACUUCGAACUGUGGCUUGCCGCUGAAGGGGUGGGGGACUUUGAAGGAUUCAAACAGCUUAUAUUAAUUGAACAACUGAUGCGUUCCCUGCCCUCAGAAAUUGCUAGUCUGGUUGCAGACCAAAAGCCACGAACUCUAACGGAAGCCACCACCUUUGCUGAGUCUUUUAGGCUUAACCGCUCCCAUUGGACCAACAAGGGACCAAGUAAUGUGUGUAAACCAGCAGUUUCAAUGGGGAAGUCUGCUCCCCCCAUUAAGGAACAAAGCAAAGGUUUCCUGACGUCUGCAAAAGACUCUGUUGUAGGGGGAGAACGUACCAAAUUGUCCCCAACCUCUGGACUGUGUUUCUUUUGUAAACAACCGGGGCAUGUAAAAGCGGCUUGCCCCCAGCUGGGUAGCCAAAAGCCUCCUAUUCUCACUUCCACCCCUGCCGUGCACCUGAUUCAGCGGCAGGAAGAGGACUGGGAAGGGGAACAACAAAAGCCGGAGCUGGGGAAACCCCGAUCCUGGAUGGGAAGGGUGUGGCAGCUCCUGACGUUAUGGCUCCUGGAACAGCUGAAGCCACUUCUAAUGCUGUUAUAGUGGGACCUGUGGGUACCAGUGCUGAUCCAAAUGCGCCGCAUGUGAAGUGGGCUAUUUCGAAGUUUACAGCGCCCAUUGAAGUCAACGGGAUUGCUGUGAACUCUUUCAGAGACACAGGGUCAGAUAUUACCAGUGUGUCCCGUGAUUUGGUUAUGCCUAUACAAAUGCAGGAUAAACCCAUGAAAAUUAGUCCCUAUGGGGUGAAAGAGAUUUUUCAACCUACUGCUAUUAUUCCAAUUUCGUAUAUGGGUUUUCAAGGAAAAAUGUUAGUUAUAGUGCAUGACCCGAAGAUGUGUAAAAGUCCUGUCCUGGUUGGUAAUGAUUUGGGAUACCGGGUUCACCAGCAACAACAUACAGUCAACAUUUGUUCCAUUAAGGUUUCACCCACCCAGGUACAGGGGAUGGAGAACUGGGGAACAACACCUCAAGGUUUGAGGGCUGAGGAGAAUCUUGUCCCGGAUGGGGAAGGUGGAAGUCUAGCGCCUGAUGCUAUAACUCCCGAAACUACUGGGACUGUUGAGACUGCAGUAUCUGAGAAAUUGGUUGGGAGGAGGGUUGGCUUAAUACGCACUGCCACUCCCUGUGUUAAUUGGCCCUGCUCAGCGUCUGACGUAAUCCCCAGGGUUCAUCGAGUUGUUGUGCCUUCUUUUCAAAGUAUGGACUCUGUUACCGGGACUUUACCAAAAGACUCAGUUUUGUCCCAAUGGAACCAGCCUGACUUCCAGAAGAGUAAUCCUGGUGGUGGAAUUUAAUUCCCCAACCUGCAACUGCUGAUGUGCUUACCUCCAAGGAUUGUAUGGGGGAUCCUUUUGUUCCAGUUCUUGAACCCCAAGUUAGUGCAAAUUUCAUUGUGGGGGGAAAUGCUUUGAAAUCUGCAGUUCCGUUGCAGCAGCUUGCAGCAAACCUAGUAGCAGAGACUGUGAACUAUGCAAGCGGUCCCUAUCAACCAAAAGCUGAGAGGCAAGCAGAAGGAGGGGGGUCAGCCCAGCCCAGUCAAGCCGCUGUAGGAAGUUUUGAGUUUUUUGGUCAUUCUCUCCUAGGUUGCCGGGAAGCUGCAGAUACUCACACUGGUGAGACUGAAUUGAUCUCUGUUGGGGCUGACAAAGAAUUUCUUUACCCACAGCUCAAGGACUUUAAAGACCCUGAUGAUGUGUUUAUUGCUUUUCAAAAGAUGUUUUAUGAUGCAAAUGUUUGUGUAAAGAAGAAAUUGAAUUUGGUGGGUCUUUUACAGAAUCUCAGUCCUAGGAAACAGGAUGAUGAUGUUAUGAGCAAAAAUGUUUUCAGGUUUGCUUGGAAUUCCAUGUUGCCCAAUCCCUGUGUUCAAAAUCUGUUGGGAGUUUUGGUUGAAAUCUACUCAAGGAAUUCAGAGUUUGUGUUGGGUUUUGGCAAACCCCUAGAAGAUUCUUUGGGUAUGCUCAGAGGAAAAUGGGAGGGAUUGGAAGAAGUUAAGUUGAUUCUUUCUGAUUUGUGGCCAAAACACCUUAAGCAUGUGCAGAGUGUCUUGGCUCGAGUGCAAGAUCCAAACCUGACCAGAAAGAAACAUAAAUGUCAGUUUGCUCAAGGAGAAGUGAUUCCCUUGGAAUUCAGGGUGGGGUCAGGAAACGUCAAAUCUCUAGAGGCCAAGGUGCAAUACAUUCAAGAUUGGCCCCGCCCCGUGGUGGAACAAGAUGUGCAGUCGUUCAUAGGGUUGGUAAAUUAUUAUAGGAAGGGUGUCAAUCAGUUUGCCACAUUAGCUGCUCCUCUUACCAACCGUUGUGAGAAAUCUUUGCCAGUGAAAGUAGAUUGGACUGAAGAGUGUCAACGGGCUUUUGAUCUGUUAAAACAUGCCCUUGUGAGUUCCCAGGUUAUGUUGGCCCCAGAUCAGAGACGUCCGUUUGUGGUGCAAACUGAUGCCAGUCAGACCGGGCUGGGAGCAGUUUUGCUCCAAGAAGAUCAAGAGGGAAAUUGGCGUCCCGUGGUUUACCUGAGUAAAAAACUGAUAACCCGGGAGCAAAAUUAUUCAGCCAUUGAGAAAGAGUGUUUUGCUUUGGUCGGGGCUCUGACCAAACUGCGUCCUUAUCUGUGGGGCAACACCUUUGAAGUUCAAACGGAUCACUCCCCACUUUGUUGGCUGGAGAGAGUAAAGGCAUCCAACCAGAAAUUGCUUCGGUGGAGUCUAGCCUUACAGGACUUCCAGUUUAACGUCACACAUAUUGCUGGGAAGGACAAUGUGGUUGCUGAUACCUUGUCUAGGAUGUAUCAAUCUGUUAAAUGAAGUAUUAAGGUGUAUUUUGCCUGAAUCCUCAGCUGGAAAAAACUAUUGGUGAUUAUUGUUCUUGUAACUGUGUAAAUAUCAGACUGGGGGAUGGUGCUAAUGAUUUUGGGAGCUGCUGCCCCCCCAGACUGGUCCAACUACCUCAAUGUAUAUAUUUUGUUGGAUGAAAUUGCGGGACUUAACCCUGUAAUUUCAUCUUAGGGGGGAGGGUGUAGUAAAGCUAGUAUCAUUUAGAAGCUGUUCCUUGGUCAAGCAAUGAGAGUGAGGCCUUGUGGGUAACCAACAAGCCACAAGGACCAUGGGAAAUAAGUUCUGUCCCUUUAACCCCAGACUAACAGGCACCCAGGGUGUGAAAGUUUUAUUAUGGGAGAGGAACCCCUGAUUUAAUGGAAGGCUUGACACCUGGGUCCAAGUUCUGCGCAUUCCGUUAGUGAUGUUAUCUGGCCUUAAUGGCCUGGGAAUGUGCAUCUGCAGAGGCGCCAAGGAAGGGAGGACAACCUUUGAUUGAGGCUCUGGGUUCUUAAUUGGCCCAGCUGCCAGAAGUUAGAUUGAUUAGUCCACAAGCCGGUCAUUGGAGAAUUUAAAAAUAAUCAAGAGUUAUGAUUGGUUUUGGGGGUUCCGACGCCACGUGUGAAUCAGGGUUAAAAGACCUGGGAAAUGGCUGAGAAAGUGCGCUCUGCAAUCCGCAAAUCGCCCGGCUGCUAAUGUUCCAUCUAAGUAGCUGUCUUUGCAUCCUUUGUGUUGGAGAUCUGCGAAAGCCUUUGAACUGCGGAACCUUGAAAGGACUCUAUCUAUUUCUUUUGUACUUUAGUUGUGAGUAUGCAAGCUAGCUAGAUUUCACAAUGUUUUUAUUUUUCUUGUCUGUAACUUACUAAAGAUGUGCCUGCUAUUUUAGCAUGUUUUCUUAUGUUCUUUUAAAAUAAAUUUUAAAUAAGAAACUGUUUUGGUUUGUGUGCCUUUCCGGGGGGAAAGUCUAAGUCCUAGCCUUACGCUUAGUUACGCUCUACCGUAAAACUUCUGUCUGCAAGUUUGUGGAUUCAACUUGUGGAGUGGGGAUAACCAGUAACAACAGGGUACAGCCUACUCCCUGGGUUGUGACUCUAGGUUUCCCGGAACAGAGGGAGUGGUGGCAGCUCUACCGGUGUGAUUUUGUCCUGCUUCUGUAUAACGUAACUUUGCCUGCCAGCCCUGCUCAAGAAACCUGAUCUGGCCGGAGAGCAAAGACAGGUGAGGGAGGAGCGAGCGGCUGGGGGCAACUUUACUACACCCCCCUUUUUUGUAUUCCAGUUCAAUUUAUUUAGUCCCGCAAUUCCUUUCCCUCCUUUUUAAUCCUGAUCUUUAAUCUUAAUAUAUUAUAGCAUUAGGUUUUUACGUAUUGAAAAUCCAAUUUUUCCAUAUUCUUUUAUACCAUUAAAGCUAGAAACCACUUAACUUCAAUCCAACAUCAUUCUAACAUUCAUUAAUUUUACAAUAUUUCUGUAAGUAGUCUUUAAAUUUCUUCUUGGUAUCUUGGCCACCUCUUCUUGGCAACUUCUUGGCCUCCUCAAAAGUAAGGUAAGCAGCACAAGAAAAACUUGGCACUCCCAUCUCUGGGGAUAUCACUGAGAUUUUCUCUCCAUUCUAACCAUUGCUGAAUGCAGUUUCUGUCUCCGUUAAGUGAUGGAGGUGUUUUUGGCACGGCACGGGUUUCGUCACAGCAUGCUGAAGCUGUGCAUGGACCUGUGGAAGAGUUUGGAAACUGGAGUUCCAGCAUCAGUUUGGGAUUAGAGUUACAGCGUCAUGUAAGGGGUGGGGGGUUGGGGGACACUUUGCUUGGAGAACUGGUCCCUGUUGGCACCAGCCCAAGCGUGUGUUAUCCGGAUGGCGAGAACAAAUAUCCAAGUGAGGCCGAUGCAGAAGCGUAAAGGCUGCAGGAGAUCAGGUUGCAUAGGAAGCUGCCUUCUCCGGAAUCAGAGAAUGUAGCUCAGUGUCAGAUACACUUGGCCUGAAAGCGAGAUGAGCACCACAACCCCAUAGCCGCUGAAAUAUACUCGGAGUCGAGUGUGAAUUUCAUGCUCUUUAUAAUAGCAAUGAAUGAAACUUUCCCCAAAACUUCUAGCUAUAUAUACAUUAUUUACACAAUGGGCCCUGUGUGAUUGGCCAAUCAGCUUGCGGAUUCACCUGCUCCAGAAGCCUAAUUGGCUGCUCCUGCUUUUCUGAGAUUGUUAAUUUGGGGUUUUCAUCAGCUGUACUCCAUAAUCAACACAAUUAUAACAAAUAAAGGCUUGACAUAUCUCACUUUGCAUGUCAUGAGUCUAUCUCAUAUAUUAGUUUCACCUUUUCCCCCCACGAUAUUCUAAUUUUUCAAGUUUCACCUGUAUCUUUGUGGUGGGGCAUUAAGAGUGUUUAAGCUCAGGGAGGGGUUGUUUUUUUUUAUAUAUAAGAUAUUUAUUAAGGUUUUUUGACAUAUUACAGUAAAAAUGAAAAAGAAAAGAGAAAAGUACAAAAUAAAAACAAUUAAAAAACACACAUAUUUUCAGUUACUUAUUUUCCUUUAGCUUGUUUCCCGGACCUCCUCGUACCUCCCCCUUUUGCAUUCCACUUCAAUUUAUUGGUUCAGCAAAUCCUUACCAUUAGAUUUUAACCCAUUUAUAACCCUUUUUUCAUAUUCUCUUAAAGCAUUACAGCUAGAAACCGCUUAAUUACUAUCCAACAUCAUUCUAUCAUUCAUUAAUUUUACAAUAUUUCUGUAAAUAGUCUUUAAAUUUCUUCCAAUCUUCUUCCACCGACUCUUCUCCCUGGUCUCGGAUUCUGCCAGUCAUUUCUGCCAAUUCCAUAUAGUCCAUCACCUUCAUCUGCCAUUCUUCCAAAGUGGGUAGAUCUUGUGUCUUCCAAUACUUUGCAAUGAGUAUUCUUGCUGCUGUUGUAGCAUACCUAAAAAAAGUUCUGUCCUUCUUUGGCACCAAUUGGCCGACAAUGCCCAGAAGAAAGGCCUCUGGUUUCUUCAAGAAGGUAUAUUUAAAUACCUUUUUUCAGUUCAUAUAUAUCAUUUCCCAGAAAGCCUUAAUCCUUGGGCACGUCCACCAAAGGUGAAAGAAUGUACCUUCAGUUUCUUUACAUUUCCAACAUUUAUUAUCGGGCAAAUGAUAGAUUUUUGCAAGCUUGACUGGGGUCAUGUACCACCUGUAUAUCAUUUUCAUAAUAUUCUCUCUUAGGGCAUUACAUGCCGUAAACUUCAUACCUGUGGUCCAUAACUGUUCCCAGUCAGCAAACAUAAUAUUAGGUCCAACAUCUUGUGCCCAUUUAAUCAUAGCAGAUUUCACCGUUUCAUCCUGAGUAUUCCAUUUCAACAGCAAGUUAUACAUUCUUGACAAAUUCUUAGUUUUGGGUUCUAACAGUUCUGUUUCUAGUUUUGAUUUUUCCACCUGGAAGCCAAUUUUCUUAUCCAAAUUAUAUGCCUCCAUUAUCUGAUAAUAAUGAAGCCAAUCUCUCACUUUGUUUUUUAGUUUCUCGAAACUCUGCAAUUUCAAUUUGUCUCCUUCUUGUUCCAAAAUUUCCCAAUAUUUCAGCCAUUUGGCCUCCAUAUUGAGCCUUUUCAGAGCUUUCGCUUCCAUCGGUGACAACCACCUUGGGGUUUUAUUUUCCAAUAAAUCCUUGUAUCUUAUCCAAACAUUAAACAGUGCUUUUCUGACAAUAUGAUUUUUAAAUGCUUUAUGUGCUUUGACCUUAUCAUACCAUAAAUAUGCAUGCCAUCCAAAUAUGUUGUUAAUUCCACUGAACGGCAUUCCUUGUCUAGGGGCAGUCCGUUCCCAGGUUUUAAGCAGCAAAUUUUAGCUUCCUUUCCCCCUUUUCUUUGCAGGUAAAUACAACUCAAACCUUCCCCCCUCCUCUCCUGCAAUCCGGAGGGGAGACCACUUUCCAGAUGUUAAGAUUUAAGUCUUUUUUCCGAACGUCUCUCUAUGUUUCCGUUUUACAGUCUCUUUGCUUUGAACUAUUUACAAGAAAGGAAGGCAGACGUCCUGGUUAUACCUUCCCGCUUCGGUGCCGAAUUAGCUGUUUUUUCUCCUUUCAAAUCCAAUUUAAUCCUACUCACGGGUAGUUGCUUUCGAAAUCCAAUUAUCCCAGGAAAAAGUCAGCGCUCUCUGUUAACGGCUGUGCGGCUUCACUCCGCGGAAGAAGCAGUCGACUCUCAGCACCGCGCCGCUCACCCCGUCCCGCUCCAGAGCCCUUGAAAGGGUCCCUUUGCAACUUGGGGGGGCGCAAAUGGUGCCCGCCGAGUCCCCACGUUCACAGGCUUCCCCCGCCUGUGAUUUUUAAAGGGUCUCCGCUUUGCCGCAGCGGUAAGACCCGAUCCCGCGGAGCUGGUCCCUCCGAGAAUCAGAGGGAAUCCGCCAUUAGCGAUGGCGCUGACCCGGAAGUCUAGGGAGGGGUUUUGGAAUGGUAUUGGAACACUCUUGCAGGCCCCACAGCCUCCUCCGGCACUGGAACAGCCACACAGCAUUCCCAGGAAGGGGUCCUGGUGUUCUGGGACUCACAGCUGCUCUCUUGUGAACACCCUGUAAAGGUAAAGGGACCCCUGACCAUUAGGUCCAGUCGUGGCCGACUCUGGGGUUGCGGCGCUCAUUUCGCUUUAUUGGCUGAGGAAGCCGGCAUACAGCUUCCGGGUCAUGUGGCCAGCAUGACUAAGCCGCUUCUGGCGAACCAGAGCAGUGCACGGAAAUGCUGUUUAUCUUCCUGCUGGAGCGGUACCUAUUUAUCUACUUGCACUUUGACAUGCUUUCGAACUGCUAGGUUGGCAGGAGCAGGGACCGAGCAAUGGGAGCUCACCCCGUCGCAGGGAUUCACACCGCCGACCUUCUGAUCGGCAAGUCCUAGGCUCUGUGGUUUAACCCACAGCGCCACCCGCGGUCCGAGCACCCAGUAUAGCAGAGUAAAAGCAGCGCAGACGGCGUUGAGGAGGUAUCUGGGCAUACCUACUUUAUUUCUACUAAUUACAGAUUAAAGAACGUAACAAACACGUAUGAGAGGAGCAGGCCUCAUACAGACAUCAUGUCUCGUCACAAGACAGAGCAGAAAGAAAAAGUACAAUAGUAUCAGAGACGGAAGUCACACAGACUGGCUUCCUUUCUCACGGAACAGAAAAUAAACAAGAAUCAGAUGGUCCUUGCAAUGGGAGGAGUUAAUUGCUAACAAACACCACAUGCCUCCUUGCUUGCUCCUCUGGAAAAGCAGAACCUCAGAUCACCCUGGGACCUUCAAGUAAGGUAUCUCAGGGCACCAAGGAUGUUUAGAAGUGUUUUGUCUUCAGUCUGGUGGACUUCUACUUUUCACCUAGCUGCUUUUUUGUUUAUGUAAAUGAUUUUUGUCCCCAUCUCUGGGUCCGAAGUCUGCUACCUGCAAACAGUAUCAGGCAAUAAAGCAGCCCGUUAACGCGAUAACCGAAAACGGCUCAAGAAAACAAACAAAGCAAUGGGCAGCAUCAGAGAAACAGGAACUGAAAUCCUGCUGAAACUAUGUGGGGCUGGAUGUUAUUAUUCAGCUUGGGGUUGGUGCCAAGAGUUAGACUCAGAAGCUCAUGGAAUUGUAGGUUGGUGGUAUUUAACACCAGUCAGAUUAAAUCAGAUGAACAAGGAAUAUUCGGUGUUAUGUUGGAGGGGAUGCCAGGAAACAGGGAAUUAUGUGGUGGGGGUGUAAAUAGUUACAUUAUUUUAUUUAUUUAUUUAUUUAUCUGGCAAAGGGUGUUUAAGGAGAUAACAGAAAUCACUGGGUUAAAGCUGACCAAAAGUCCAGAGGUAGCAUUAUUAUCAAUUUACGAAGGGGUGGAAGGCUAUGAAGGACUCACUCACAAAUUUAUUGACAGCUGCAUGAAUUAUUAUAAGCUAGGAAGUGGAAGGGGCAAGCAGAAUAUAAAAUGGAAGAAUGGUAUAAAGAGGUGUGGGAUAUAGCUAUUAAUGAUAAAUGAACAUGUGCCAUUAAGGUAAGACGGGGAAUAUGCAGGAGGAAUGAUUUUGAGGAGAUAUGGAGGGCCUUUGUAGAAUUUGUACUGUUAAAAUGGAAAGUGGUUGAAACCAUCACAAGAGGUGUAGAAAUUUCUGGAGGUUGGGUAGUUACAAUGGAACAGUCUCUGUGGCGCAGUGCACAUUUUUAUUCUUAUUUAUGGUUAUUACUUUGUCAAAAUAAAAUAAAAUAAAAAAUUGUAGGUUCGAAGGGACCUUGAGGGUCAUCUGGUCAAACUCUCCAGCCCACAACCAUCACUCAGUGGCCUCGAACCACCAAGCUCCUGCUUAACAACCAGACGCCCUCACCUGUUGCACCACCUGAGGCAGUGAAAGCACGCAGAUAUACAGUCUGCAUUUCCAAGCAACCUGCAAUUUAGGUUCUGCCAUUUGCUCCAAUUCAGUGCCACUCUCCCAACUUUCAGCUCUACGUACUUUCAGGGUAGCCACCCUGAAGGCCAAGGGGGUAAGCGAGUGAGUGGGGCCUCAUGAGCACCCAAGGGAGACUUCAGGGGCGCCACUGCACUCACAGUCACCCCAUUGGCACCCUCUGCUUUCCACACUGCAAUGCCAACCCACUGCAAGGCGGGCUUCAUUCAGAACCCCAUGUUGCGGCUGAGGAGCUGGACUGCAUAUUGCUUUAAGGCCUCCUUGCCAAAUGCACAAUGAAAGGGAGAUUACUUCACAGUUCCCAGCUGACAGUCUCAGCUACUCCAGUGUAGCAGCUCUCCUCCUGCUGUUCUGGGCAGCUCCCCACCACACAGAUGGAGAGGGCCAAUGAUCCUUGCAAGGCGGGCCCUGUGUUAACAAAGAAAGAAGAAAGAAGAUUCCACCUACAAGAAAGUAACUACAAGAAAGAGGAUUCCACCUAAACAUUAGGAAGAACUUCCUGACAGUAAGAGCUGUUCGACAGUGGAAUUUGCUGCCAAGGAGUGUGGUGGAGUCUCCUUCUUUGGAGGUCUUUAAGCAGAGGCUUGACAACCAUAUGUCAGGAGUGCUCUGAUGGUGUUUCCUGCUUGGCAGGGGGUUGGACUCGAUGGCCCUUGUGGUCUCUUCCAACUCUAUGAUUCUAUGAAAGUCACUCUGGAGUCCAGAGGGAAAGGAAAUCCUGAAAGCACUUGGUUGAGGAAAUGGGACAAAUCAGUGUAUAAUUUGAGUGGAAACAAACAGAGCGGCAGCCUUGCCUUCCUUCCUUCCUUCUUCCUUCCUCCCUUCCUUCCUUCCGGCCUUGUAAAUGGCAGGAAGACAUGCAAUCAAACAUACAGGAAGUGUGUGUGUAGAAACUCCCUCAGAACUACACUGCAAAUCAGAGCACGGGAAGAUCCUGCCAGCCUGCCUGGUUGCUAGUUGAUUUUCACGCUAAUGGAAUUAACCCUUGAGUUACAAACAGAAUGAGCCCUGCUGUUGCAGUUGUAUCAACAGGGGCAAUGGGUUGCUUCUUGCUGAGCCGAUGUUGAUGAUCAAACCCCUCUCUCCUCAUUUGCAGAGCCUCUUGCAAGCCCCAACCUGUACUACUGCCCACUCGACGUGGAAGAUAUUCAGGUAGUCUUUGCCUUCGAGCCUCUCAAUCAGUGCGUGAAUAUUCUUGCUGAGCCAGAAGGUGCCAUCAUUAAUGCCUGUCCUGGUAAGCGUCAUCAUUUUUGCUGCAAUUGUCCAUAAUCUGCACCCCUCUCUUCCCUUGUUAUUCUCCCCAGGAUGAGAACUGCUCUUGGUCGCAAUAUCAGCUUCUGGACUUGGGGUGGGACGUGACUCUUGUUGGGAGAAUUGCAUGGGAAGCUAGGGUUAAAUGCCCUUCCAUUGGGGCUGUGGCCCUGGUCUCUAAAAUAAAAUUUAAAGUCCUCCCCGCUUGCAAAUGCAAAGGCAUGAUUAAGGUAAAGUUCCCUUUGGCUCUUGGAAGACAUUCAUCGGGCACAGAGAUCUUAGAAUAUUUUUGCAAUCCUGCUGGGAGAAUCGGCUCCGCUUUCCUCACUCUCUGCUGCCCCCGGAGGUUUAGUGCUGUGGUAACGUAGAAGGCAAGGGACGCAGGUGGCGCUGUGGGUUAAACCACAGAGCCUAGGACUUGCUGAUCAGAAGGUCGGCGGUUCGAAUCCCCGCAACAGGGUGAGCUCCCGUUGCUUGGUCCCAGCUCCUGCCCACCUAGCAGUCUGAAAGCACAUCAAAGUACAAUUAGAUAAAUAGGUACCGCUCUGGCAGAAAGGUAAACGGCGUUUCUGUGCGCUGCUCUGGUUCGCCAGAAGCGGCUUAGUCAUGCUGGCCACAUGACCCGGAAGCUGUACGCUGGCUCCCUCAGCCAAUAAAGCGAGAUGAGUGCUGCAACCCCAGAGUCGGCCACGACUGGACCUAAUGGUCAGGGGUCCCUUUACCUUUACCUUUUAAUGUAGAAGACAAAGCUUGAAGGUAAGAUUACGAUGCAAGCCAGGAAUGAGCUUAAGGUGAAGCCUCGACCGCUGGCCAGCUUUGGGCAGGCUGCCCUAGUGCCUCCUGGUUACUGGGAUGUUUGCAAAGCACCCUGGGCUAGUUGGACCCUCAUCUCUUCCAGCAAGGUGCUCCUUCAGUUUGAUAACAAGUGCGAACCCACAGGCUAGCUGUUCUCUUUCCCUGCUGACAGCCCCCAUGCCCUAUUGGUUUAUCAGUCAAAAAUGCAUCCAGUGGACUAUGGGAUUCCAGUAAAAAGAAUGAGUGGUUCAUAUCAGAUUUUUGCUUGUGCAUUUAAAAUCCUUUGCUAUUGCAAUGCGAACAUGGGUGCAAGGUGCAAUCAUAGAAUCGUCGAGCUGGAAGGGUCAAGCAGCUCAGACCUCUUUACACACUGAGCUUCUCAAGUAGAUGGAGAUACAGCAAGGUAAACAGGUAAAGGACCCCUGGACGGUUAAGUCCAGUCAAAGGUGACUAUGGGGUUGCGGCACUCAUCUCGCUUUCAGGCUGAGGGAGCCGGCGUUUGUCCGCAGACAGCUUUCCGAGUCAUGUGGCCAGCAGGACUAAACAGCUACUGGCACACUGUAACGGAAGCCAGAGCGCACAGAAACACUGUUUACCUUCCUGCCCGAGUGGUACCUGUUUAUCUACUUGCACUUUAAAGUGCUUUUGAACUACUAGGUUGGCAGGAACUGGGACAGAGCAAUGGGAGCUCAUUCUGUUUCGGGGAUUCGAACCACCGACCUUCUGAUCGGCAAGCCCAAGAGGCUCAGUGGUUGCGUCCUGUCACCAAGGUGAGGGGGAAUGACCUAGCUAAGCCUGGCAGGACAGCUUACUCUAUGACAUUAACCCCUUCAUGCAUUAAUUAGGCUUAAGCAAGUUAGACUUAAGGCUGGUUAUCGCACGGUUGGGGGACGUUACAGGGGGUUUACAGGCCUGCUGUGUUUCAGUAUGCUCCCCUUUGUCUCAUAGAUGUGGCUGUGGCUGACAAAGGACCUGAAGCCCCACCUGUUCAUUCAGAGCGAGCUCACAAACGACUAGGUGAGUGUCGCUGCUUUUUAACCUGUUUCAGUGCUGAGGGCUGGUGCUGCAAGCCAGGUAAUUUGAGAGUAGGAGUGGCUCACCUGUGGCCACAGAUCCCUCAUCCCUGUUUUUGAGGAGUGCCUCUAGAAGUUCCAUUAUUCACAUCAAAACCACGCACCCUCCAAAACCUGAGAGGCCAAAAGAUGGGCAAAAAAAGCACCCACACUGAGGUGUUUUUCCUGCUGCCGGUCUGGUUCAUUCAGAAUUUCAGAAAGCCAGAUUUCCCACCUUAAGAAUGACAAAGAAUGAAUGAAAGGAAGAUAAAAGAAGAGCGCUUGCAAAACGAUGGUGGACGCCCUGUUGAAAAACUGCGCACGUAAGGUCCAUCUGGAAAGAUUUUGUGCCUCUUGGGAUGUUUUUUAUGCAGCUGUUGAAAUACUUGGCAAGUUCAUUUAAAAAAUAAUAAUUAAUUGCAGUUUUGGUUGACCCCUUCCAAAAAGGGAUUAUCAUAUUUUUCCGUGUAUAACACGCCUCCUUGGAUAAGAUGCCCCCUGGUUUUUUUUUACAAAGGUUAUUUUAAACAUCUUUUUCAUUUCAUUGUAUAUCAUUUCCCAGUGAGCUUUAACCUUACUACAAGACCACCACAUAUGAUAAAAAUAACCUUCUUUUCUUUUUAAUCUUAGGCCCUGUGGACGCAUUUUGCAGGAGGCUAAAAGACCACUUCUGGGAGACGUGCCAAUUUGUGCCCAUGGAGCGAGAGUUUGCCCUGGACCGCCUUUACAUCGAACGCGACAUGGCGCUGUGCCUUGUGGAAAGCAAGAACACUGGGAAAAAUGCCGACCUGAGGCCCUGCAACCUCAGAGAGAAAGGGAAGGUUGCGGUGAGGAGCAGCCAGCUCUUUCAGCUGCCGUGGAAGAACAACCUGGGAACCAAAGUCGUCGUCAUCUUGGGGAAAGCCGGAAUGGGGAAAAGUCUGCUGGUCCAAAAGAUCUGCCUGGACUGGUCCAGAGGACAUUUGCCCAAUUACGGCUUCCUUUUCCGAUUCGAUUGCUGGAUGCUGAGCCUCCUCCCUGAAAACCGCUACAGCCUCAAGCAGCUGCUAUUUGAGCUCUCCGCUGGGCCUCAAGAUGGUGGUGACGACAUCUACAGGCAUGUUCUGCGGUACCCAGAAAAGGUCCUCCUCAUUUUUGAUGGUUUUGAAGAACUGAAGGACCGGGAUGGCUUAACAUCUGGUGUAGACAGCCUGCCCCACAAGGAGCCCUUGGGAAUUGGAGGCAUCCUGGCCAGAAUCUUCCAGAAGAAGAUUCUCAGCGGCUGCACGGUGCUUCUAACCUCCCGCCCCAAGGACAAGUUGCAGCAGCAUUUAUCGAAGAUGGACGCGACGCUCGAACUGGCAGGGUUCUCCACGCAGCAAGCUGAGUCGUACAUUGCUCAGUACUUUGAAGGAUCGCCCUGCAGUGGCGAGGCGGUGGCUUGGAUCAGGAAAUGCCCUUACCUCUUCAGCCAUUGCUACACUCCUGACCUGUGUCGUUUCGUUUGCGAGGCCGUGUCUGAAGCGGGGUGCAAGGAACUGCCUUCCACGCUUACCGGCCUGUUGGCCAAGUUCCUCCUCCAAAAACUGAUGCGUUCGUCAACGCAGAGAUCUUCCCCUAAGCACCAGAAUAUCGCCGCUUUAGCUCAGGUGGCCUGGUCUUCCGGACAGGACCACCGGAACACACUCAUGAGCUACAACUUUCCAUCCAUGGAAGUGAAGGAGUUUGCUCUCAGCUGCGGACUGGUGGUCCCCCUCGCAUUCCCAAAAGACUCGAGCAGCGGGAAAGAGGAAUGUGGCUACGUGUUCCCUAGCUUCGUGGUCCAAAAUUUCCUGGUUGCCCUACAUUUGGUGCUGGCUAAAGAGAUCAAGGACAAAACUCUCACCAAAUACCUUCGGCUGCUCACCAAAUCCAAGAAGUUUCUCUUCUCUUGGAGCUUGGUACCUUGUUUUUUGUCCGGCUUGCUAUUUUUAGGGGGCAAACUGAGAUCCUCUGUCCUUUUCAGAGAGGAGGGAGAGAUGGACACCAAGAGAAUGGCCGGCAAGAAGCAGAGAAGCUUCUCAAACUACGUCCGGAAACUCAUGGAGCGUGAUUUCCCUCCGGACAAGCUCCUUGAUUUUCUCCACUGUCUCUAUGAAACGGGAGAUCGUUGCCUUUUGAAGGAAAUGGCUUUAGAACUCAAGUGUGACAUCUCUUUCUUGGGGUUUGCUCUUACCCCACCCAAUGUCUACAUUCUCCACUCUGUCAUCAAACAAGCCAAAAGGAAGUUUGCUUUAGAUUUGAGAGGGAGCGCCAUUGACUCAGAAGGAUUCAGACAGCUGGUCACCCUGAAGAAUGUUACAUCAUUCAGGUAUGUUUGGGGUGGUGAUGUCUGUGGGUGUUGCACCUCAGCGACGGCCAAGCUCCAGGUCAUGGGGCCCAGGGACCCAUUGAAAUCUGUGGGGUGGAUUGCCGGAGGUUCCCAUCUUCCGCAAAGACACUCUCAAACUCAGUGUGGCAUGUUGAUUCUCUGCAGGGCAUCCCUCAGCGAUGCCGUCCGGCUCUGGAGGCAGUUGUGGGAAGCCAAAGAAAGAGACCAACUGCAAUCCGCCAUUGAGAAGUUUAUUGUUGUUCCGUUCAAAGCCAAGACGAUGAGGGACAUUGACGACCUCUGUGCUCUUGUCGACAUGCAGGAGAAAAUGACCCAAAGGUAGGAGGGUUUGUUCCUGUUAUAGGAAUUCUAAGGUCUUAUAUUUAUAAAAUAAAUGUUCGUAAAUGUACAAGGCAAGCACAUACAUAAGUAUAUAAACCACGUAUCUGAAAUGGUGCAGGAGAAAAAUCCUGAAGCCAUUUUGACUCUCCCAAAUUGACCUCAAAUAUUUCUCUGCAAGGAGGAAGGAAAUGGGGAAAGCUUUCCAAUGGUCUUUGGACUGUAGGGGCUUGCACCUCCCUGUAAAUACAGCCUGGCAAGUAUCUGUUAAGCUGAGCACACUAUCCAUAUGCCUAAGAGAUUCAAGAACUAAGUACCGGUAUUUACCAUCUCAAAGGAAUGGCCAGGCUACCCAGAAAAGGAAAUCAGAUAAGGCAUUAUCAGGUAUCCUGGCAGACAGGAGAGAAGCAACACACUCAAAUUUCUGCCGGGGACCACCUCUUUCUGUGAUGUAUGUAUGAUGUUUUUGGGGGUGGUUUGAGCUACACGGUGGGCAGUUUCAAAAGUCUCUGUAACAGCUUGCACACCAAUAUUCUGGGUUCCUCUCCUCCCUCCAAAGUGAGGACCCUGUUGCAACGGUUUAAUGAAGAUCAGGCUUACUAGCUGCUUUGCUUCUCAAUAUUCUCUGGUUGGCCUCUGUUAUUUUCUCCUACCGAUAGAGAACCUACAUAAGGACUAUAUACGGGCUCUUGGAUACCCCAUAAGGGGGAAAGGAGCAGUUUUUUCUUAUAACAUUCUUUUUUUGUCAGUAUCACUGUAUCUAAAUGUAUAUUACUGUCAGGGACUGGACAUUGAAGGAGGAAUGGUGGAGACUGCGUCCCCCUUCUCCUGGACCUUCCCGAGGAGAGGAGGACAGUAUAGAUUUAGAACAGUGGUUUGCAGAAGGUCAUGACUCUUAAGACAGAAGAGGGACAUAGCUGGGAGAUAAUGGAAGAAAGGGAGGGGAAGCAGCAGAGCGGGCUGUUUCUGGGGGGGGGGAGGGAGCUGCGCCGCUUUGCCAGCAGCCUUCCUCCCUUCCCUCUUCCUUUUGACAGCUCGGGGGAAGCUCCCCCCCCCCGGAAGCAGCCUGGGAGUGGGGGGCAACGGCACGCUGCCCACCCACAACUCCCAAGCCUCCCCCGAGCUGUCAAAUCAAAGGGGGGAAGGGGGAAAGGCUGCCGGCAAAGCGGUGCAGCUCCCCCCUUCCCCCGACGGCUCGAGGUAGGCUUGGGAGUCGCAGGAGGGCGGGUGAUGACACCCGGGGCGGACCGCCUCCAACACCCCCCUUCCUCCACCCCUUCCCCUAGGACCCGGAAGGCAUUGAAAGUAGGGGAACAGAUAGCUCAGAGGCAGAAAGCACAGAUCAGCCAACACAGUGAUGACGUAUCAUAGGAGAGACGGAGGGGGUGGAGUUUUACUCGGAGGAGUGCCAUUGUCCUAGAGACAGCAUCCUACGUCUCUCUCUGUGAUUACUGAAUAAAACGCCUUGGUAAGAGCUUCCUGUUUUUCCAUUACUGGCAGCCUGCCGUGAGGGAGGGGGGCCGCAUUCCCUGAAGCCUGACAAUUACAUUCACGGCCUAGGACCCUCCUACCUACAGGACCGCCUCUCCCGGUAUGCCCCAUGGAGGACCUUAAGGUCCAUAAAUAGCAACACCCUAGAGGUCCCGGGCCCUAAGGAAGUCAGAUUAGCCUCAGCCAGAGCCAGGGGCUUCUCAACACUGGCCCCGGCUUGGUGGAACUCUCUGUCUCAUGAGACCAGGGCCCUGCAGGAUCUGAUUUCUUUCCACAGGACCUGUAAGACAGAGUUGUUCCGCCUGGCCUUUGGCUUGGAAUCAACUUGAUCCCCUCCCACUCUUCUUUUUUCCUUUCUCCUUCUGUGAUGGAACUCCUACUUGGGGACUUCCCUGGCUUUUUUCUGGCCCACGUAAGACCAGUCUGGAUAGUUAGCCUUGGUGAAGACUUGACGUUUUCGUCCCCAAAAAAGUUUUUGAGUUUCUGCUGAAAUGAGGCUGCAUUUUAAUGUUGUAUUUUAAUCUUGUUUUUGAAGUUGUAUUUCAAUCAAUUGUUUUAUAUCUGGUGUUAGCCGCCCUGAGCCCGAUCUUGGCUGGGGAAGACGGGGUAUAAAUAAAAUUUAUUAUUAUUAUUAUUAUUAUUAUUAUUAUUAUUAUUAUUACUACAUGCAGAAGAGGGGCCAAGACAGAUAGAGUAAGGGAACUGGAGUCCAGCAACAGCCUUGCCCUACAGUUCAGCCUAUAAAUUAGUCCCUGUAGUGGAGGGAUCACCAACAUAGUGGAUGAAAGGUCAGACAAGGACCUGGAAGAGAGCAGGGUUCGAAUCCCCACUCGGCCAUGACCUACGUCUCAGGGUUGUUGUGGGGGUUAAAUGAGGCGUGGAGGAGAUUCGUGUAUGCCGCUUUGAACUCCUCGAAGAAAACACGCAGGAUAUAAAUGCGAUAAAUAAACGCAAUCCAUAGCAGGGUACAACAUACCUGCAAUUUCUCCUGAGACGCAUGGCUUACACCCUAGAAGAAAUAAGUUCUGGGGUCGGGGUUGUGUCAUCUUCAUCUUUUUCGAAAAUUUUAAGCCCUGAUCUAACCAAAUUCUUAUUGUUGUUUUGUUCAGCGAGGCAGAUUCAGCUGGUGGUAGCGCCCGCCUCAUCCCAGCCGUCGCAGAGCUUAAACAAUUAGAAUUCACGUAAGUAAGAGAGGGUUUUUUAAAUGGAUCUUUUGGUGGGUGUAAAUAUGUACAUUUUUUUGUGGUGAAGGGUGUUUAAGAAGAUAACAGAAAUCACUGGGUUAAAGCUGACUAAAAGUCCAGAGGUAGUACUAUUAUCAAUUUACGACGGGGCGGAAGGUUCGCAGGAUAUGAAGGCCAAGCUCACAAAUUUAUUGACAGCUGCACAAAUGAUUAUAGCUAGGAAGUGGAAGGGGAAAGCAGAAUAUAAAAUGGAAGAAUGGUAUAAAGAUGUGUGGGAUAUAGCUAUUAAUGAUAAAUUAGCAUGUGCCAUUAUGGUAAGACGGGGAAUAUGCAGGAGAAAUGAUUUUGAGUAGAUAUGGAAGCCGUUUGUAGAAUUUGUACUGUUAAAACGGAAAGGGGUCAAACCAUGAGUAGGCAAACUAAGGCCCGGGGGCCGGAUCCGGCCCAAUCGCCUUCUAAAUCCGGCCCGCGGACAGUCCGGGAAUCAGCGUGUUUUUACAUGAGUAGAAUGUGUCCUUUUAUUUAAAAUGCAUCUCUAGGUUAUUUGUGAGGCAUAGGAAUUUGUUGAUUUUUUUUCCUUCAAAAUAUAGUCCUGCCCCCCAAAAGGUCUGUGGCAAAGUGGACCGGCCCCCUACUGAAAAAGCUUGCUGACACCUGGGUCAAACCAUUGCAAGUGGCGUCGAAAUUUUGGGAGGUUGGGUAGUUACAGUGGAAUGGUCUCAGUGGUGGGGUGCACAUUUUUAUUCUUAUUUACCGUAUUUUUUGCUCUAUAAGAUGCACCAGACCAUAAGACGCACCUAGUUUUUGGAGGAGGAAAAUAAGAAGAAAAAAAUUCUGAAUCUCAGAAGCCAGAACAGCAAGAGGGAUCGCUGCACAGCGAAAGCAGCAAUCCCUCUUGCUGUUCUGGCUUCUGGGAUAGCUGCGCAUCCUGCAUUUGCUCCAUAAGACGCACACACAUUUCCCCUUACUUUUUAGGAGAGAAAAAGUGAGUCUUAUAGAGCAAAAAAUACGGUAUUUAUGGUUAUUACUUUUUCAAAAUAAUAAAUAAUGAUAAUAAAAAUGGAUCUUUAAAAACCAGUUGAGGAGAUGGGUCUCUUAGCAGAUAUUGGUGAAAAGUGAAACCUCCAUAUGCUAAGGCAGUGUACCGUUGAGUUCCAGAUUAACCCACAGGAGAGGGCAGUUGCCUUUGAGCUCUGCACCUCAGCCUUCAUCUAGCUGUGCUACAGAUGAUGGGGAAUGCAAAUCUUGUUAAAACCUUGGUCUGGCGCAGUUCUUUAAAAGCUGCAGGAAUAACUCUUUGUCGGUGUUUUUUGGGACCAAUUUAUCUGAACUGAGUCCUGUCCCCCCCGCCCCCCCACUCAUGGAACAAGGGAACAGGGUUGUAGAUCAAUGUUAGAACACCUGCUCUGCAUGCAGAAGGACCCAGGAAAGGUUAUUAUUAUUAAUAUUAUUAAUUAAAGUUGUAUAUCGCCCUUCAUCUAUAGAUCUCAGGGCAUAAAGUUGCCAUAUUAAAAACACCAAAUACAUAGUGAAAAUAAGAACAAAAACAAAACAAUAAUCCCCACCUCCCACGACACAUUUCAAAGAGCAUCAGGUGUCAAUAAUAAUAAUAAUAAUAAAUUUUUAUUUAUACCCUGCCCUCCGCAGCCAGAGCCAGGUUCAGGGCGGCUAACACCAGUAAAAUCAGCCAAAGGCCUGGUUUAAGUACAUAAAUUAACACUGAAUCCAUGGUGGAGGGGCACAUUUCACCUUGCAUAUAACCACACUGAGGGUGGAUCUACACACAGGGGGAAAACCCCCCGCUAUAAAUAAGUCAGAACUCAAAUUGUUAUAACGGGGGGGGGGGGGGGGAACCACUAUGGAAAAUCGCAUAGAAUUUUCUUUUUGCUCUCCAGCGCCAUCUAAUGCUGCAUGUUUAUAACGCAUUCAAAAUGCUACUUUUGGCUAAUGUAGCUGAGUCCUGAGACGCUUACUUUAAGAACAUAAGAAAGCUAACUUUAUUGCAGGAAAUACCUGCUUAAAAGGGGUGGGGGUGGGGAAUCCUAGUUCAGCUAAGGUUCUUGCUCUUGCAUCUCAGCAGCAGAGACACCAACGAUGUUGCUUCUCAAAAGGGAGGCCUUGAGAACGAAGGGGAAGUGAGGUCAGCAGCCCUAAGUGUAUCUGUCUAGCAAUGAAGGAAUUUCAGCAAAUCAGCCCAGGGAGAUUGGGAGAUUCCAAUCUCCCCAUCCCAUGAAGGAUGGCUGAAAUCUCCAGAGAGCCAUUGCCAGGCAGUGUAGAAAAUGAAUGAAUGAAUUUUAUUAUUAUUAUUGUCACAGACCAGUUCCGGCUCACUUAUAGUAUCAGGAAAAUCAUAAAACACAACAGGAAUACAUUGAAUUGCAAUUGGGAAAAUACAGUGGUACCUCGGUUUACGAACUUUAUCCUUUCCGGACUUCCGUUCUUAAACCAAAACCAUUCUUAAACCGAGGCGCGCUUUCCUGAAGGAGGCCUCCCGGUGCCCUUCCACCAUUUGGCUUCCAUUCGUAGACUGAGGUAAAGUUCGCAAACCGGGACACUACCUCUGGUUUUGCGGAGUUCUUAAACCGAAUUGUACGUAAACAGGGCUGUUCUUAAACCGAGGCACCACUCUACUGAGUUAGAGGAACUGAUGGUCCGAUGUGGUUGAAAGAUACUGUUUCCCCUUCUCCCACCCCUCUCCAGACAUGUUUGGGGACGGGACUUGACUCAGCCCCUUGGAAAAGGCAGAAACAAACUUUGUCGGCUGUGCUUUGAGACAUCUUGGAGGGGCAGGAGAAGCCAACAAGUUGUUUUCUUCUUUGCUGUGCAGAUUGGGUCGUGUCUGUGGCUUGACAGGCUUCCGAAAGCUGGUGGGGAUCCUGGGCACGUUUCCUGCGCUGCAACAUUUGGAGUGAGUGGCAAAGCGGUGGGGAGGGGUGAAUGGGAGCCAUGCCUCCGGUUGACACAGAUGGAAAUCAAGACAUACCCAGAUAUCGAUAAAAGACAAAAAAGCUGUCGCAACUCCCUCUAUAUCACCACAAUAUUGUUGUAAAAUUUAGGGUGAAAUGAAUAAAUGCUAGGAUUUGGGCUAUGGACGUAAAAUGCAAGCUUGCAAAUGAAUUUCUGGGCUAGCUGAUGCAAAGCAACCUGGCUGAGCUAUCAAAAGAAUAAUUGAGGGACACUAAUUCCAUACAAGGGAACUGCUACCCCCUUGCCCCAGGUGUCAGCAGAAACUGGGUAUUUGGAAGGUUGCCAGGGUAACUGCUGGGGGGGGCAGCAAGGGUUGCUGGGAGGAAGAAGGAGCGAGAAGGGCAUAUUUGGGGGAGGCUGGAUGCUGGUGCUGCUGCCUCUGAAACGACCAUGCUAUAAGAUCUGGACGGACUCCAUACAGACGGAAGGUGUAAAUAGGUGAAGAAACCCUAUUUCUUAAAGCCACAACAGUCUCCGAUGUGUCUUCUAAUCUCCAAAAGGACACAGACCCCCAUGUAGGUGCCUGGGACGCGGGUGGCGCUGUGGUCUAAACCACUGAGCCUCUUGGGCUUGCCGAUCGGAAGUUCGGCGGUUCAAAUCCCCGCGACGGGGUGAGCUCCCGUUGCUCGGUCCCUGCUCCUGCCAACCUAGCAGUUCGAAAGCACACCAGUGCAAGUAGAUAAAUAGGUACCACUGCAGCAGGAAGGUAAACAGCGUUUCCAUGUGCUCUAGUUUCCGUCACGGUGUCCCAUUGUGCCAGAUGCGGUUUAGUCCUGCUGGCCACAUGACCCAGAAAGCUGUCUGCGUACAAACACCGGCUCCCUUGGCCUGAAAGCGAGAUGAGCACCGCACCCCAUAGCCGCUUUUGACUGGACUUAACCGUCCAGAGGUCCUUUCCCUUUUCCCUUUACCAAUAUUGACAUUAUUUUCAGCUCUCCUACCCCACGACUUAGUUACCCGCCAUUUGCAAGUCCCUUACCUUUACCACAGGUGCCUGGUACCCAGUGGGCUCUUGCCAACGCUCAGUCACCCAGCUUUGGUGACCAUCUUUCCCUGUCAUUUUUGCAGCUUGGAUUCUCCCAACGAGAACGAGAUCGGAGACGAAGGAGUGACUAGCCUCAGCAGCGUCCUUCCUCACUUGUCCUACCUGGAAAUGUUAAAGUAAGCAGCCUGGUUUAAGGCGGGAGAAAUGCCAUCCUCGCCGUCACCCUUGUCCCCAAAGGAACUGAGCGCAGGUCCUCAACUUUGCAAUGCUUUCUUCCUAGCCUGUCGGGGAACAAAAUAACAGACCUGGGGGCAGAGAAAUUAGCCAAAGCGCUUCCGUCGCUGCGUUCGCUGAAGACACUAAGGUGAGUGCUGCUCUUUUCAUCUUUAGCAUGUCCAUACCAACAAAGGUCCGUAUAGUUAAAGCUAUGGUUUUCCCAUUUAUGUGCAUUUAUGUUUCACAGGGUGCAAAAGAAGGGCUUUGCACCUUGCCUGGCAGAGAAACCAAGCGCCUUGCGCCCCUCCUGGGCAGCGCCCGCUUGCCCGUGACUCCCGAGCCUCUGUCAAAACAAAGGGGGAAGGGGGCAGGAGAUCUGUACUGCCAGACAUCCCUGGUUCCCCUUCGGCAGCGAGCAGCUCCUGAAGCCAGCCAGAGCCAACUGCGCUACCAGGCUGGCUCCGGGCUGCAGAGGCUGCCACUGCCACAUUUCCCGGGGACAGAUUUGCAAAUCCGGGGACUGUCCCCGGGAACCGGGGACGUCUAGUAACCCUACUCUAAGGUGCCACAAGAGUUUCUCCUGUUUUUGUUCUUUUGGAGUAGGGGCUGGAAUCACUUGUCUGUGCUUGUCAUAGGCUCUGGCGCCACCUAGUGUUGGGCUCCCUGGCUCCUGCCUUACCCGUUCCAAAGGGCACCAGCCUCCACCGUCCUUUUGACGAUGGGAAUUAUAGUGCAACAGUUUCAGGAGGGCUACAGUUUCUCCAUCCGCGACCUAAUCCUUUUUCCAAACAUCUCUGACCUUCUUUAUUUAAAAAUGUCAGCUCCCUUGGGCAAGCCAGACUGUGUUUGCAUGAUUUGUUACUUGAAGAUGGAUGGAGGCUUUUGGAUGGGUCAAAAACACACGUACGAGCAGAACUUUCUUGUAAAGCGAUGCUCUGCCCUGCUUCUCAUACGGAUCCAUGGUCACACUUGCCUUUGUUUCCUGCAGCUUAUACAAUAACAACAUUGGAGAUGCGGGGGCAGAACAUUUUGCCAGAGUGCUCCCAGAGACAGCUUCUUUGAGAGUGCUUGAGUGAGUAUAAAACAUUUGGCCAUGAAGACUUAGGGCACGUAACUCCCACAAAGAGCCAGGUUCAAGGUGCUUUCACAAUGGUUGACUGGUGUCUGUUUAUAAUGGCUUUUUAGUGGUUUUAUUGCUGUAAACAGCUUUGGUAUUUCCCCCCAUGAUAUAUAUAUAUUUUAAUAUUUUUAUUGGUUUUUAACAUACAAAAUUAUAAAACAUACCACACAAUUUAUCACAAAUACAUUCUUACUGGACUUCCAUCAGCACCUCUGAUAAUCCUCCGUUUUAAUCACCUCUUACGCAUUUCCUAACUUAAUAUUGCCUUUACAUCUCUUAACAUAUCACGUCUCCUUCUCCAUUUUUGCAAUAUUUCUAAUAUUAUUCCUCACAGAACUUUUUCAAACCUAUAAACGUCGUCUGGUCGUCACAAAUACUUUUCAAAUAAUCCGUAAAUUUACUCCAGUCCUUGGUAAACUUCUGGUCCCGCCGGUUUCGGAUCCUUCCCAUUAGUUUAUCAAGUUCCGCAUAAUCCAUUAAUUUCAUCCUCCAGGUAUUUCCCCCCAUGAUAUAAUGGUAUGCAAAUAUUUUCAUAAAUAAAUACUGCAAGGUGCUCUGUGUGGGGUUUCCCUUCCUUCCUUCUAUACUCCUUUCUUCCUCCCCCACCAGAACCUGCCCAAGCCACCCAAACCAAAACCUCACUUCGGGGAUGCCCUUCUUUCUGCCCUACAUGAGAUGUGGGUGGGGCUGUGGUCUAAACCACUGAGGCUCUUGGGCUUGCCGAUUGCAAGGUCGGCAGUUCAAAUCCCCGCGACAGAGUGAGCUCCUGUUGCUCUGUCCCAGGUUUUGCCAGCCUAGAAGUUUGAAAGCACACCAGGGUGAGUAGAUAAAUAGGUACCGCAGCAACGGGAAGGUAAACGGCGUUUCCGUGCGCUCUGGCACUCAUCACAGUUCUCUGUGCGCCAGUAGUGGUUUAGUCCAGCUGGCCACAUGACCCGGAAAACUGUCUGUGGACAAACGCCAGCUCCCUCGGCCUGAAAGCAAGAUGAGCGCCGCAACCCCAGAGUCGCCUUUGACUGGACUUAACCAUCCAGGGGUCCUUUACCUUUUACCCUUUUUUUACAUGAAUCACAAACCAUCAUUUGCUGCAGACAUCUUGUAAGGCUGUAUCUUUCUGUCUCGGCUUUCCCUGUUGCAUGAAAUCAGGCCCCUGCUUCUUUCUGAACAAUUCCCCUCCAUUACAUUUUUAUUUAUAUGUAUGUUUGUGUGUGUGUGUGUGUGUGUGUGUGUGUGUAUACACACACACACACAUAUACACACAUAUACAUACACACACACACACACACACACACACACAAUAUACACACACACACACACACACACACACACAGAGUGGUACCUCGGGUUAAGAACUUAAUUCGUUCUGUAGGUAAAGUUCUUAACCCAAGGUACUACUUCCGGGUUAGCGGAGUCUAACCUGAAGCAUUUGUAACCUGAGGUACCACUGUAUAUAUAUAAACACACACACACACACACACACACACACACACACAUAUAUAUAAAUAUUUAUAUAUAAAUGUGUUUUUGACUACUGUUAUUGAUUUCUUUAACUUAUACCCCACCUUUUCCACCAAGGAGCUCAAGGUGGCGCUCCAGAUGCCUUAGCUGAGAUUCCCAGAGAGCAGGGGGUUGGGCUAGAUGACCCUUAAGGUCCCUUCCAGCUCUACAAUUCUAUGAUCCUCCCCCUCCUCAUUUACUGGUGGUGGUUUUGCUUUCAUGGCGCUGUUUGUUGUUUUUAUGUUGUGAAAUGCUUAGGGUUGAAAAACUGGGAAAUCUGGGGGUGGGGGAGAAAUGAAGAGUGUGUGUGUUUUCGUUAAAUGUUUUAAAUAUUUAAAGCAAAUGAAGUAAGGAAACUCAGGACCACCCUGCUACUGCUGAGGUUUAGCAAAGCAGAGGCAGCUCCUUUAGGCUAACAGCUGGUACGCUCGUUUCUUUCCAGCAUCCAUUGCAACAAGAUAACGGCUGCUGGAGCUCAGUACCUGACGGACAGCUUGAGGAAAUGUCCCCGCGUCCAGAGUGUGGCGUAAGUCUUUGGCUGGCUUGAUAUCCCACCUUGAUCACGCAAAUGCUCUCAGCUGGGUGCUGUCCCUGGUCGUAUCCAAACCAUGCAUUUUGAGCCGUAUGAUACCCCUUUGAACAGUCAUGGCUUCCCCAAUGCAUCCAGUAGACCACACGGGUAGCGUUGUGGUCUAAACCACUUGGGCUUGCCGAUCAGAAGGUCGGCGGUUCGAAUCCCCGUGAUGGAGUGAGCUCCCAUUGCUCUGUCCCAGCUCCUGCCAACCUACCAGUUCGAAAGCACACCAGUGCAAGUAGAUAAAUAGGUACCACUGCGGUGCAAAGGUAAACGGCGUUUCCGUGCACUCUGGUUUCCGCCAAGGUAUUCCGUUGUGCCAGAAGCGGCUUAGUCCUGCUGGCCAAAUGACCCGGAAAGCUGUCUGUGGACAAACGCUGGCUCCCUCGGCCUGAAAACGAGAUCAGUGCCUUAUGUUUCCCUCCCCUUAUGGUUUUGAUCUAUGGGCUACUUUUAAAAUGAGACUGCAUUUUUAAUUACAUUUUAACCUGUAUCUUAAAUUGGUUUUUCUCCCCUCCUAUUAUGUUUUUACUGCAAUUUUACUGGUGUUAGCCACCCUGAGCCUGGCUCUGGCCAAGGAGGGCAGGGUAUAAAUAAAAUUAAUUUAUUAUUAUUAUUAUUAUUAACCCCAUAGUCGCCUUUGACUGGACUUAACCGUCCAGGGGUCCUUUACCUUUACCAUUAAUACACAAAACCCAUGAUUGUGAAUCUUUUCUCUAUAUUAUCUGGAUUCCCAUUCCCUUCUACCAUGGUCUCUUCCAUUAUUUGCAUAUCUUACCUAUAUGUGCGUGUGUGUAAUUUUACUAAUAAUGGUGGGGGAGAAAUACAAUGCAGUUAAACAUCUGAAAGGUGAACACACUUGGCAAAUUGCAUGAACUGAAACACAGCCGUUUUUGAAAUCUUUGCUUCUCCAAAUUUUGCAAUGUGGUGCCAAGUAAUGUGCAGAAAGAUGCAUGCACCAGGAUAAAUGUACAUAAGAAUGCAUAUUAGUGAAAAAUAACAUUAAAAAUACAUUGCAUUGGGAGGAAAUGCCUUGCGAAAACGUCUGUAUUGGGGCAACAGGGCAUGCAAAGCUGUUUGUAUUAGGAGAAAUUUGUACUGAAAUGCUGAUAUUUAAUGAAGACUUUGAAAGAAAUGCAAACUUACAUGGAAAUGAAGAGAUUUGAAAAUUGUAAAUACAAAAAAUUGAGAGAAACUGAAAUCCACAGAUUUGUAUAUCCUUGCUCAAGAUAAGGGGCUUCAACAAAGCAAAUUUCCUUAUUCUGUUUUCUUUUCUUCAACCCCCCUUUUUCAGGCUAUGGAACCCCACUAUUCCCCAUGGACUUCUAGAUCAUCUGCAGCAGCUGGAUUCUCGAAUCAGAUUACUCUAGAUCCAGCAAAACCAGGGUCAAACAAGGUUGGGAUUUUGAAAUGCGUAAGUAUUUUGAAUCAGUAUUUAGGAUGCUCUUGGCUCCUGCAUUCUGCUCUCCUGUAAAAAGUGAUAGUCCCUCUUAAUGAAAUAUUCCUGCUGAUUUCCAACCCCCCCUCAAAUGACCAUGCCUUUAUCAGGAGUUCAAUAUGUGGAGCUGGAAUUGUCUGCCAGCCAUCUCAGAUACUGUGAUCAGAUAUUAAAAUCCCCAGAUUCUGCCGCUAGAAUAAAUUGCGUCCGUAUAUGUAGUUUAAAUGUUAUUUAUGCUUAUAUAGACCUGUGUCUGAAUUCUGCUAGCACUGAUCUAAGGUACAAUUUGCUCUAUACAUUUAAAGCAGUAUUAUGCCACUUUAAAUUGUCAUGGCUUCGCCCAAAGAAUCCUGGGAAAUGUAGUUAGUUAGGGCCUUGUUCGGAGACCCCUGUUCCCUCCAGGGAGCUACAAUUCCCAGAGUUCCCUGGGAAGAGGGAAUGACUGCUAAACCAACCUGGGAAAUGUAGGUCUGUGAAGGGAACAGGGGCUUCUUCACAUUGCUCAGCACCCAUUGCUCAGCAAUCUACACUUCCCAAGAUUCUCUGGGAGAAGCUGUUCCUGCUUAAAGUGGUAAGGUAAAGGUAAAGGUACCCCUGCCUGUACGGGCCAGUCUUGUCAGACUCUAGGGUUGUGCGCUCAUCUCACUCUAGAGGCCGGGGGCCAGCGCUGUCCGGAGACACUUCCGGGUCACGCGGCCAGCGUGACGAAGCUGCUCUGGCGAGCCAGCACCAGCGCAGCACACGGACCGCCGUUUACCUUCCCACUAUAAAGCGGUACCUAUUUAGCUACUUGCACUUAAUGGUGCUUUCGAACUGCUAGGUGGGCAGGAGCUGGGACCGAAAGACGGGAGCUCACCCCGCCGCGGGGAUUCGAACCGCCGAUCAUACGGUCGGCAAGUCCUAGGCACUGUGGUUUUACCCACAGCGCCACCCGCGUCAGCUUAAAGUGGUAUCGUGUUUCAAAUGUACAGCGCUGAAGGGACCUGAACGCCGAAUAAAUUUUAAAUGGGUAUGAAAGCAGAUCAACUAAAAUGAAAAUACAUUAUUAUUAUUAUUAUUAUUAUUAUUAUUAUUAAUAAUAAUAAUUAUUAUUAUUUUAAAAAACGGUUCAAGGUAUCAUUCCACCUAUUGAAAUGUGCAGUGCAGAUGGGCUCUGCCUAUCAUUGGCUCUGGUGCCACCUACAGUUGGAAGGCAAGGUUGGAAAUUGAUUCUGUUGCCCCACCCAUUUUCCCUUUUAACCCAGUACAGGCAUUCAGUUCCCAGGAGGCUUCCCAGGAAGGAAUGCCUCUCGCUGGCUACUGCAGGUCUAAUCCAGCUCUUUCUAUGUCCUCUUGGCCCGCUUGAGAGGUCUUAGCAGGAAAGUGUGUUUGAGUUGUACUCAGCUAGCUUUUGCUCAGAACAAACCCAUUGAAAGCAACGGACCUAGCUUAGCCAUGUCCAUUUAUUUCUAUGGGUCUGCUCCGGGUUACUGUUAAUUGGGAGACCACCCUUAAGUCUUUGCAUUGCUUAGCACCGCAGGGAGAAGAUCGCGUGAAAACGUUGGCUUCAGAAUGCAGACUAGGGGGCUUUAAAAGAGGAUUAAUGGAGGAGACGCGGGUGGCGCUGUGGGUUAAACCACAGAGCCUAGGACUUGCUGAUCAGAAGGUUGGCGGUUCGAAUCCCCGCGAUGGAGUGAGCUCCCGUUGCUCGGUCCCAGCUCCUGCCAACCUAGCAGUUUGAAAGCACGUCAAAGUGCAAGUAGAUAAAUAGGCACAGCUCCGGUGGGAAGGUAAAUGGCAUUUCCGUGCACUGCUCUGGUUCGCCAGAAGCAGCUUAGUCCUGCUGGCCACAUGACCCGGAAGCUGUACGCCGGCUCCCUUGGCCAAUAAAGCGAGAUGAGCGCCGCAACCCCAGUGUUGUCCGUGACUGGACCUAAUGGUCAGGGGUCCUUUACCUUUUAAUGGAUGAGAGGGCUACCGAUGGCUACUAGCCCCAAAGGCUUAAUCUACUGCCAUCAUGGCUGGAGGCAGUGAUGCUCCCAGAUAAAUGCCAGAUGCUGCAAACCACAGGAGAGGAGUGUGGCUCUUGCACUCGGGUCCUGCAUGGAGGUUUCCCAUCGGGACGUCUGAGUGGCCACUGUGAAAUCAGGGUGCAAGACUCUUCUGAUGUUACACCCUUAAUAAAAGCAAGCCAGAAAAGAUGUGUGUGUUUAUGACUUGACAGGCACAUCCUUCCGAACGGUGGAUGAAGGAGCUGACAUUUUGCAUGGGAUGCUUCAUGCAUGAAAAUCAGAAAUCGACAACAUCCGGCUACGGGAGGCCUCUGUCCUGGAGGCAUGGAUUUGGGAAAUAGCUUGACACGGUUUUGAGAAGCCACAAGAGAAUGCAAAGCGCAGUUUCUGCAAAAUGAUCUUUAGCAGCUGAAUAGACUGUGGAGCAGUGCAAGGUCUUUUUGUGUAUACAGUGGUACCUUGGUUCUCAAACUUAAUGCAUCCCGGAAGUCCGUUCCAAAACCAAAGCAUUCCAUAAAGGGUUAAAUUUCCAUCAUUUAAAAUUACUAAACCCCCCUUGGAAGCAGGAGAAGAGGGGGGAAUCUUUUUAAACUGUUUAAACCUGCAGAAGAGAGAGUAAAGAAAGAUAAAUUUCCAAUGUCUUGAACCUGGGAGCGGGGUGUCAGGACGGACGCUUUGGGGAAGUUCAUUGACUGUGGACAAACGUUUUUGACAGAUAGUUAAAAAAGAGAAACAUAUUGAUUCCAAUGUUCCCUCUUGCAUUUAAAAGAAACAAAAUAUCUGAAAAAGGAAAGGAACUUUGUUGCUAGAUCUGCUUAAAAAGACGGAUACAAAUAGAAAUUGUUUCCCCUAGAGGGAGCUUGUGAAACUGUUAUUAGAGUAGAUCUGGGGAGCUUUGCAGCUGUAGAGAUUAAAGAUCGUGGGACCAGACUUUGACCUUGAACAAGAAUGUGCCUAGAAGAAGCGUUAGUGCUUGCUCUUUGCAGGACAAGUGCUUUACUGGAACAGCUACAUGAGAAGAUGGAUUUGAUGACUGUUGCAGUCGGAAAUUUUGGACAAACAGUGAAUACCUAUAUAGAACCCACUCAGAAAUUAAUCCAGGAAUGUGCUUUGACAGAUCAAGUGGUGAAGAAGAUAAAGGAGGAGGUUGUUGCUGAACCUCAAGUAGCAGAAAUGGAGAGAGCAGCGGCCCUGCAGGAACAUAAGUUGUUGGAUCUGACGAAUGAAUCUGGAGAAAGUCAGAUUUGGAGAGAUGGAGUUCUGUUUGGCUUGGAGAUGGGGGGCUGGAUGGAUCCCCCUAUGCAGGGAUGUUUUGACAUUUCGAAUUUGGCUUUGGGCCAGGGGGAGUUGUGAGUUGUGGGGGCCCUUAACUUUGGAGGGACUUUGAAACAUGCCUCUAAAUAUCAUAUGGAUUUCAGUGUCGACUAUGGAGAAUGGGCUUACUUGUCGAGAAGGGACAAAGAUAUUGUCAAGUUGGAGUCUCCCCGAGAGAAAGGAAGGAAAUUAAGAAUAAGAUCAGCAGAAGACAAAGUAACCAAGGCGCGCUUUGCCAUAGAAAGUAAUGCAAAAUGGAUUAAUCCAUUCUAGACUUUUAAAAACAUCCCCUAAAACAGCAAUUUAACAUGAAUUUUACUAUCUAACGAGACUAUUGAUCCAUAUAAUGAAAGCAAUAAACAAUGUACUGCAGUCACAAAAUCAAUCAAUCAAUCAGUAGCUGAACUGGGUUCCACACAGUCACAAAAACAAACAAAAACAAAAACAAACAAAAACAAAAACAAACAAAAAAGAGCCGCAAAAACAAAAGCACUAAAUAAAUAGGAAAAACAUCAUAUGAAGUAUGAAGUUUACGGCAUGUAAUGCCUUAAGAGAGAAUAUUAUGAAAAUGAUAUACAGGUGGUACAUAACCCCAGUUAAGCUUGCAAAAAUCUACCAUUUGCCUGAUAAUAAAUAUUGGAAAUGUAAAGAAACUGAAGGUACAUUUUUUCACCUUUGGUGGACGUGCCCAAAGAUUAAGGCUUUCUGGGAGAUGAUAUAUAAUGAAUUAAAAAAGGUAUUUAAAUAUACCUUCUUGAAGAAACCAGAGGCCUUUCUCCUGGGCAUAGUCGGCCAACUGGUGUUAAAAAAGGAUAGAACUUUCUUCAUGUAUGCUACAACAGCAGCAAGAAUACUCAUCGCAAAGUAUUGGAAGACACAAGAGCUACCCACACUGGAGGAAUGGCAGAUGAAAAUGAUGGACUACAUGGAAUUGGCGGAAAUGACUGGCAGAAUCCGUGACCAGGGAGAAGAGUCGGUGGAAGAAGAUUGGAAGAAAUUUAAAGAUUAUUUACAGAAAUAUUGCAAAAUUAAUGAAUUUUAGAGUGAUUUUGGAUUGAAAUUAAGUGGCUUCUAGCUGUAUAGGCUUUAAAGCUAUAAACAGAUUAAGAUUAAGGAUUAGGAUUAAAAAGGUUAAAAGAAUGGAAAAUUGGUUUUUAAUAGGUAAAAAUUUAAUGUUAUAUUAUAUUAAGAUUAAGGACUGGGAUUAAAAAGGAGGGAAAGGAAUUGCUGGACUAACAAACUGAAUUGGAAUACAAAAGAGGGAGGUAUGAGGAGGUCCGGGAAACAAGUAAAUGUAAAAGUAGUGAUGAAAAGAAGGAAUUGUUUUUAACUGUUUUUUUCUUUUUUCUUUUUGUAUUUUGUUUGUGUACUUUUCUUUAUAUUCUUGAAUUUUUCUUUUUUGUUGAUGUGAUUUUUUCUUUGUGAAACUUUAAUAAAUAUCAUUUAAAAAAAAAAUAGGAAAAACAGACACUCCAAAUGGAAUUUUAAAUUGUAUUUUUAACCUGUAUUUUAAAUUGCCCCCCCCCUUAUGUUUUUAUUGUAAUUUUACUGGUGUUAGCCGCCCUGAGCCCGGCUCUGGCUGGGGAGGGCGGGGUAUAAAUAAAAAUUUAUUAUUAUUAAGUGUGUAACACUCAAAACAGAAGCGUAACACUCAAAUUGGAAGCAUAACACUCAAAACAGAACAUGUUCGGCUUCCAAAAAAAGUUCGCAAACUGAAACACUUACUUCCAGGUUUGCAGUGUUUGGGUUCCAAGUUGUUUGAGUACCAAGGCGUUUGAGAACCAAGAUACCACUGUACACACAUUUCUUAUUAGACCAUUGUAGAUUUCCCACGCCCCCUCCCUGUCUCUGUCUGUGUGCCAUUUGAACACGGUUUUACCGUGUGUGCAACCUUCAGUAAAUAUGCAUAUAAUCUUCAAUAAAUGUGUGUUAAAUCUUUUAGUUAA